AUGAAUCUUGACUCGCUCUCGCUGGCCUUGUCUCAAAUCAGCUACCUGGUGGACAAUUUAACCAAGAAAAACUACAGAGCCAGCCAGCAGGAAAUACAGCAUGUAAGUCAAUAACUAAUGCCAUUAAAAAAAAUAAAUGAAAAGGGUAUCCACAACUUAGUUUGUAUUGUUUAUAUUCCUACUUCUCACUGCUUGAUUGGUUUAGUUGCUAGAACAACCUUCCCCAAUCUGGUAAUCUCCAGAUGUUGUGGAUUACAGCUCUGACCACUGACCAUGUUAACUGGUUGAUGUGAUUUGUAGUGCAAAACACCACAGGCCACUAAGAUCUUACUAUAUUUUGCUUGCUGGGAGUUGACAAUUGUUUCAUAUCUUAUUUAUCCUGUUAUUUCAUCUUUUUUUGUUUGUUUGUACCUGAAUUGAUUUACGACAUUGGCUUUAAUUACUCAGUGGUCCUGUAGAGUUAUUGCUCAUUUCCAUGUUUAUAACAGAGUUCUUUUGAGUAUUUAAAAUCACCCUGUUCUGACCUUCUUGCAAUGCCUUAUAGUAAUUUAAUGCAAAAUUAAAUCGGCAAUACUUACUUCAUUCUAGUGUGAAUUUAUUGCAAGUGUUAUUACUGUCUGUUUUCCUUAUUAAAUGAAAAUUGUUCAUUCUGGCUUGUAUUUUUCAUAGUUACAAAAGUAGUUGCCUCUUUUUUUGCAUUCCUUUUUUGAAUGGUUAGAUUUUUUUAAAAAGGGAAAAAAAGAAUUGAGGCUGGUACUGGUGGUGGAAAUGAUGGUGAAAACAGUGAAGUGAACCUUCAGGUUUUCACUUCCCUGCCCUGUGUGGCUAGUAAUGUCAUUUAAUUCUCAACCUGCAUGAGAUGUGAAAAAGUGAAUGUGGAAGAAGUGUAGCAUGAAAUAUAGUGACCUGAAGAACAGUUACUUCAGGGCAACAUCUUUGUGGCACCAUAUGCCCACGUUGUUGCUGCCCUAGUUUUCCUGCAAACUUUUGAAGCUGGCAGAGGGUUUUUGGUUAACGGUGUGUUCUGGUCUUCACUUGAAAGGUCUUAUACUCAGUACUACUUAGAAGUAUACUGCUUUGAUCCUUGUUUACAUCCAACUUUCAAAUACCUUUAAACUUUUGUGUUUAAGGUCUUUAAAUAACUGAUUCUUUUGUAAAGUUUUAAAUUUUCAUUUUAUAGUGUAUAUAAUAUGGAGAACAAUUAUAAAAGACCAAAAUUAAAACAUGAAAAACAAAACUAUAAAAUAUGCAUGUAGAAGGGGAGAAUAAGACUUUAAUAUUGCAAGCAGACAAUAAGCAAUGCAAAAAAAGAAUUUGAGGAUGACAGCUGCUAAAAACAAAAAUCAACAACCACAAAAUACUUCAGUAGUUAGAGACCAUCUAGGGAGACAGCUGGACCUUUGAACAGUAAAGGAGUCAAAAGCUGUCUAAAGGAAGAAAAGGUGAAUGCAGAGAAGCUGAAUGAAUUCACAGCAGAAGAUAUAAGGAAACCCCCUGUGCUUAAACUCACACUUGCUCUUUCUUCAUUGACGAAAUGAGCUGUUGCAUCUUCUUUAAAAGAAGCUACGAGUCGGCCCAGCCUGGAUCCAGAUAAUAUUAACUAUAGGCCAGUGGCUAAUGUUUGCUUAUCAGUUUAUUGCAGUGCACUCUAUGGGGUUCCCCUUGAAGAUGGUUUGGAAGCUGCAACUGGUACAUAAUACAGCAGCUAGCUAGGUUACUGCUGGGUGUUUCUGUUAGAGCUCACCUUAUGCUGGUCCUGAAAGAUUUUGUGCUGGUUGCCAAUUUGCUGCUGAGCCCAAUCUAAGAUGUUAAUAUAAAAAGCGCCAAACAACUGAAUACUAGUGACAAAUGAGAGGGCUGCCACCCAGAGUGGCUGGAGAAGCCCGGCCAGAUGGGUGGGGUAUAAGUAAUAAAUUAUUAUUAUUAUUAUUAUUAUUUAUUUCCCUUCUGGGGUGUGUCAUUGUAACAUUUUCAGUGUCAAGUUAAGACAUGCUUCUUUACCAAGCCUUUCAGGCAAGUGGAUGCUUUCCCUUCUGCUGUAUUGCUGCACUCCUGUUUUGUUGCUCUUGUGAUUUUGUUUAGUUUUCUGAAUUUAGCUUAGGAUUUUAAUGAGCUAUAUAUUGUUUUCAACUCAUAUUUUGUAUAAAAUUUCCAUGUCCAUUUGGUGAUGUGUGGGGCUGUAAGUAUUUUUUAAAAUAGAAAAUUGUAAAUAAAUCCUUCCUCACAAGGUGGUCAAGAGAGUAGGGAUCUGCUCAUUCUAAUUAUUCUUAGAUGAAUCUGAUUAUCUAGAACAGGGUCGGAAACCUCUGACCCUCCAGAUGCUGCUGAACUACAACUCCCAUCAGUCCCAGUAAGCAUGGCUAGUGGCCAGGGUCAGGGAUGAUGGGAGUUGUAGUUCAGCAACAUCUGGAGCGCCACAGUUCCCCGCACCUGCUCUGAUACGAAGUAAACAAGCUGUGAGUUGUUUGCUUGUCUGCGAGGUGAGUCAUGGUCUGUUAAAUAACAUUAACCACAGUUUAUGUGCAAACACAGCCAAUAUGUGAUUCAUUGCACACACAUUAUCAAAAGACAGCACUGGCAAAAAGCUGCUUUCUCUUCUUCCGCUGCUCAGUAAUAAGCUUCCAGUGUCCUUUACGAAGCUUUAGGCAGGGAAAAAUUAUUUGAGAAGUGCUUUAUCAGAUUGUAGGGACGCGGGUGGCGCUGUGGAUUAAACCACAGAGCCUAGGACUUGCUGAUCAGAAGGUCGGCGGUUCAAAUCCCUGCAACGGGGUGAGCUCCCUUUGUUUGGUCCCUGCACCUGCUAACCUAGCAGUUCAAAAGCACGUAAAAGUGCAAGUAGAUAAAUAGGUACCGCUCUGGUGGGAAGGUAAACGGCGUUUCUGUGUGCUGCUCUAGUUCGCCAGAAGCGUCUUAGUCAUGCUGGCCACAUGACCCAGAAGCUGUAUGCCGGCUCCUUCAGCCAAUAAAGCGAGAUGAGCGCUGCAACCCCAGAGUCUGCCACGACUGGACCUAAUGGUCAGGGGUCCCUUUACCUUUACCUUAUCAGAUUAGUUUUGAAUUGUCUGUCCCUCUUAUGGUUCCACAGUAUAAUAGGAGUUGUGAUUCAACAACAUCAGGAAGGCCAAAGGUUCCCAACCCAGAUCCAUUUCUGUUAGGCUUCUAACCUGGUUUGGAGCCAAAAAUUACUCUGGUCAUCCUGUAGGCUUAUCUUUGCUGGCAGAUGGGAAAUUGAACCUUGUUGAUUCUCCUGGACCUCUCAGUAGUGUUCAGUGCCAUUAAUAAUAAUGUCCUUUCAGUUCAGCUGUCUGGUUUAAGUUUGGGAGGUACUGCUUGAUGCUUGUUCUGCAGAGUUCUAUUCAUCUGCCCACACUGUUUAACUUCUUGAUGAAACCAUUGAGAAAGAGCAUCUGAAGAUUUGGUUGAAGGUGUCACCGGAAUGAAGAUGAUACUCAGCUUUAUAUUUAUUGCUCAUCACAUGCAAGUGAGGCUGUGCACACUGCUUGGGCAUGGCAAUGAACUGGCUGAACUCUGAAAAACAGAGGUUCAGGGUGGAAUUGAACAUCACACUAUGAUGAAAGUCCCUAUUAGUACAAGCAGUGCAGCUUGCCAGAUGGAAUGAUCCUCCCUCUUCUUCCUGUGCACUGUUUUGGGGAUUCUUCUGACCUCCCCUUGCAGCCAAUUUUGGGGGUAGUGGAAGGAGGAGAGCAAGGAAAGCCCUGCUGUGCAAGUGGAAACCCUCUUGCCCAUAGUCACAGAAGAUUAGAGGUAUUGAUUGGUUCACGGUGGUCCAUUGCGUGACCUAAGGGCCACAUGUGGCCCUUGAGGCUUUUUUUGGCAGCCUCUGCAACAUUUGACACAGACCCACCCCAUUCCUCACGCUGUCUUCCCGAAGCUGGUUAAGUGAGGAGCUGGGCUUUGGGAAGGAAGACUGAGGGCUGUAACCAUGUCUUAAGAGUCCUCCCACCUCUUUCCCGAAGCUGGGAAAGAGCUAACAAGGCUUUGGGAAGGAGGUGGCAGAACUGUAGGACCCUAAUAGAGCUUCAUGCCUCCUUUCCAAAGCCUGGCACCUCACUUAGGCAGCUUUACAAAGGCAGUGUGAAGGUGGCAGGGUGGGGGGCAGCAUCAAAUUUUGGCCAUGCUCCCAUGUGUGCAACAAGGCAGUGUGCAGCCCAUGGGCUCUGUGCCAAAUUACUAUUGCAGCCCACUUGGUAUGAAAAGUUGGGCUGCCCUGUUUGCUUGGUUUAUCUAUCCAGGUGAAUAGUAUUCAGCCUGUUCUAGAUGGUGUUCUUCUCUCCCUAAAGGAUCAGGUGUCCAACUGGGGGUGCUUAUUGAUCCAGCACUGGAGGCUCAAAUGAUCUCACAACUCAAAUUACCUAUUCUCAGCUUUGGUGGAUACACCAGCUUUGACCUUGCCUGAGCGGUGAUACCUUGGCCACAAUUGCCCAUCCUCUGUUGACUUCCCGUUUAGACUAUUGCACUGCAUUGUAUGUGGGACUGCCUAUAAAAAUGGUCCAAUAACUGUGGUUGGUUCAGAACAGGAGUUCAAAGGUUUUAACUAAGACUGUGCAGUUUGAUCAUACUAUGCCUGUGCUUUGUUCAGCUGCGCUGGUUCUCCAUCUGUUUCCGGGGCUAAUUUAAAAGUGCUGGUUUAUAAAUGGCAAGCUGUGUACCUACCUGAACCUUAAGAUCUUUUGGAGGCCCUGCUCCUGGUACCCCCACCAAAAUAAGUGAGGGCGGUAAUCUUUCAGUUGUGAUACCCAGAUUAUGAGACAGCCAUCUCUGGGAGGCUUGUAUUAUCCCAUUCAUGUGGUCUUUUGGCCACCAGGUGAAAUCUUUUGUUUCACUCAGGCCUUCUGAAAGAGUGGUGUGGUUUGGGCCUCUCAAUUUUUAAAAUAUUUUUUAAUUUUGGGAUUGCUGUGCAGUUGCCUUCUUGUUAUAUUUAUGCUGCUUUUGGUUGUAGAACUUACUUUGUAUUAAAAUAGCUUUUAUAUUUAAUAUAAGUAACCCAGAUAAAUUUGUUAUCUAAUAAAUAAAUGACAAAUCUUCAAUUCUGGACUCAACAGGAAUUACCUCAAUUAUAUGCAUACUAUGCAAUAUAUUUAGGUUGCUUUUUUAUUUUCUUUUGCUUAGUGCUAACAUGCUCUACUUUAAAAGCAAGCAGAUUUUCUGUUUAUUAAAGAGUAAUUUAAAUUAUAUCCCUUUUCAUUUUUACAAAGUGGUUCUCAGCCCUCCCUAUUUUUCUGGGUCAUUGGCCCAUUUGAACCUCUGAAAGACUGCUAGGGUCACUUGCUGCUGUACUUGCUUCCCCCUUCAGUCUGGCUUGUCAUGUUGCCUGACAAACCACGAGCAUUAAACAAAGUUCAUUUUUGGCUUGCCAUUUUAGUUUUUUUUUUUGGGAAACCAACUAAGAGCCCAGGUUCGGGUGACAUCAGAAGUCAGACACUGUGGCAUUUGAGCAGUGUUUACCACCACACUGUUCAGUCAUGUUAAACCAAAACUUGUUUAAACUGUAGUUUAAUGUGACCUGGACACUCUGUGACUUUCCCUUAUUUUCUCCUUUUUGCUACUAGCAUGGACCCUGCCAGAAAGCUGUGUGGCUCCUGCUCCUUAAGAGUGCAGCUGAAGGUGGUAGAAACACUCAGUUAGAAUAUGGUGCUGAUAAACACCAAGGUUGAAGGUCGAUCCCCAUAAGGAACAGCUGCAUAUUCCUGUGUUGCAGGGGGUUGGACUAGAUGAUCCUCAGGGUCCCUUCCAAUUCUACAGUUCUGUGAUUCUAUGUAGUUACAAAUGCUAUGGUACCUCGCUUCAGCUCUUUUGUUUUUCUUGCAACUAGAUUGUGAAUCGGCACGGCCCUGAGGCAGACAGGCAUUUACUACGCUGUCUAUUCUCGCAUGUGGAUUUCAGUGGCGAUGGUAAAAGUAGCGGUAAAGAUUUCCAUCAGGUAAAUUUUGUCCUUAAAGAAUUUCCAAUUAGUUUCUUGAUUUUUAAUUUUUACACUUUUUUAUUCUACAAUGCUUCCAUCUUGUAGUGACUUACAAAAUCCAUUAUGAAAAUACAUACAGUAAAAGCAGCACUGAAACUACUACUAAAAUAUAUGUAUGGAUACAUUUCAAACAGGCAGCACAUUUACAACAGAACACUACUUUUAUAAGUCCCAUAGCUAAUUGAUAGAGCACAUGCUUUUCAUAUAAAAUGCUCCAGAGGCAUCUCCAGGCAGGUAUGCCAUGCACUCCUGCCUGAAACCCUACAAAGGUGCCUGCCAGUCAGUCUAUAAAAAUGAGUUAGAUGCACCAGUGGCUUGACUCUGUAUAAGACAGGUUCCUGUGUUCCUAAGUUUUAAAAUAUAGCUUGAUUUUCUGUCCAGCAGUGAGUUCAAAAACUUCCUAAAGCAUUGUUUUUGUUACCCUGUAGAAAUCUGGAAGGGAGUCAGGUAAGCACAUAUUUCUGGGAGAGUUUAAAAGAGGCUCUACUCCAGAGAACACCUGUGCUUUUUUUCAGAUUGGCUUAGCCCACUUAUGAGUACAAAAGUUGCAUAGAAGUGCCAUAUCUGAAUGCCAAGUCUGUGGAUGUGUUGUAUUUGAACUGAUUCAUAUACGUGUUAAUUGUUGGUAUUAUUAAUUGCUUCAGGAGGCUUCAUAGGAAGCUAUUCAUAAAUUGAAAUAACUGUAUCCCUGAGUACUUCUAAGGUGGCUUGUAAAUGUAAAUAAUCCCAUCACAUUUUAGAUUUGUGAACUUCAGGAAAUGUUAAAAUAGAAGAGUUGAGCUACUUUUGAAUACUGCUGUUCCUAAGGUCUUGUGUGAUGGAACUUCAUUUUUCUCAAGCUUUGAAUGACUUAGUAACUGAGUUCAAUAACUUGAAUUUUAGUCACAAGUUUAAUCACAAGUCAAGUCAAGUUACUUGUUUGGCUUGUCUCUGUAAAAUAUUUCUUAAUAUUAGCUUCUAUUUUGUUACUAUGGAUACAGUUUUCAGAUGAUGUUUGUUGUACUGGGCAUACUCAAUAAUGACUAAGAAUUGUGAAUUGCGUUCAUCUUCUUGAAAGAGUAACCAAAAUAGUUUAAUCUGCCAUCUCAUCUUUAUGAUUUCAAAAUAUUUGUCAAACGUAUCCUAUAGUAAGAAGACAGUUUGAAGUACUUUCAUGGACAUAUAUAUUAUGUUUACAGAAAUAAAAUCCUGGUAAUAUCUGGUAACUAGAUAAUAGGUGCCUCCCCCAAACCAAACCAAAACUUUUGCUACAGCUGUCUCCUUUCUUUUCAGACGCAGUUUCUGAUCCAGGAGUGUGCAUCAUUGAUUACAAAGCCAAAUUUUAUUUCGACGCUGUCCUAUGCUAUUGAAAAUCCAUUGCAUUAUCAAAAGGUUUGUAUGCAGUUUUAAAGUGCUGUUAACAAAAAUGUUAAAGAAAAACCUAUUCAGGUGUCAGUGAGCUAAUUUUACAAAAUGUACACCUAUGUUCAUUAUUACAAAGGUGUUUUUAAUAUUUACAUCAUGUAAAUUCUGUACUCGUAAAAUAUCCUGGUAAUUGACUUACUUUACAUUUCUUUGCUCUGCAACACCCACUCCUCAUUGGGGCUUCUGUAGCAAUUUACAGAACUUUGUAUGCUGGAAUUGGAGAAUACUGGUAGUUUGGCAACAAAUGAUAUUAUCUUCAGAGAAGUUGGGAAGUACCACUAAUGAGCAGAAGUUGAUUUUAUUUUUUCUGUAGAGGAACUUAUGACACAGAGAAUCUUAGUCUUGGUACAGUAUUCUGUUAAACUGUAAACAUAAGCAUCUCAUAUAUAACUUUUUUCUUUCAGAGUCUUAAGCCAUCACCCCAUCUAUUCACUCAGCUGAGCAAAGUUAUCAAAUUAAGCAAGGUUCAAGAGGUGGGUUAAGUCCAUAGAUUUAUCUUCCAUGAAGUAGUCUGAUCCCAUUUUAGUCUGACCAUUAAAAAUGUUGGCCAUCGUUGCAUGCUUUUUAUGUGUGUUCUGUGAAGAAAUGCCUCCUUUUGUCCAACCUGAAUAUCCCAACAUUCAGCUUCAUUGUCUGACUCUGAGUUCUGGUAUUAUGAAUGAGAAGUGAAUAUUUGUCCAGUGACUUUUUCAACAGCAUGCAUAAUUUUAUAGACCUCUAUCAUGUCCUUACCACCACCUCACCCCCCCCAACUAGCCCCAGUCAUUGAAACUCUUUCUCACUGGGGAGUUCCUUCAGUUGAUCAUGCUACUUGCCCUUUUCUGCACUUUUUGUAGCUCUACAAUAUGCUUUUUGAGGUGUGGUGAACAGAAUUCUACGUGCUACUCUGAACACAGGCAAAUCAUAGAUUUGUGUAAAGGCACUAUGAUAGUGACAGUUUUAAUUUUUAUUUCCUUUCUAAUUGUACCAAUGAAAUCUGCUGUUUUCAUUUUUUUGUAAAUAAUUUUUUAUUAAUUUUAUAAUUUGUAACUUCAACAAUUAUUAUUCAUAAAAAACAAACAAAAACAAGCAGAAACAAUAACAGAAGAUAAACAAAAGCAUAAAACAUUAACACUUUUAUAAUCUGCUGUUUUCAGAACAGCUGCACUCUACACCAGUAUUUUCAUGAAACUGUCCAUCACAACUCCCAAGAUCUUUUUCCUGGUCACUCUCUCAGUUCGGAUCUCAUCAGUGGUUUUUUAGGCUUUUGUUUAUCACUUUUCACUUGUUUUAUGCUGAACUGCAUUUCCUUUUAAAAUGUCCAGUCACCCAGUUUGGAGAAGACCUUUUGGAGCACCAUUUUGUUUUAAUGCCUUGAAUAAUUUGAUGUUGGCUCUGAACUUGGCUUACCUAAAUAUACCGUAAAGGACGCACUUUUUCCCCUCCAAAAACGAAGGGGAAAUGUGUGUGCGUCCUGUGGGGCGAAUGCAGGCUUUCGCUGAAGCCUGGAGAGUGAAAGGGGUCGGUGCGCACCGACCCCUCUCGCUCUCCAGGCUUCAGGAAGCUAUUUGCAAGCCUGGGGAGCCCAGCGGGAGUUUCCGCCUGGCUCCUAAGUCUUGUGGAUAGCAGCCUGUUCUGGGGUCGGGGGAAGGUCGGGCUUCCCCUGCCGCAGCCCCACGGCUGGGGGGGGGAAAUAAUUUUUUUCCUUUACCCCCCCCCAAAAAAAAACCUAGGUGCGCCCUAUAGGGCAAAAAAUACGGUAGAUCAUUUAUAAACAAAUUAAAAGCACUGGCCCCAAUAGGAAUCCUAUGGAGGGACUGACAUCCUGACAGAAUCUGAGGAAGGUUAACAGCUGGUAGUGCUCUUGGAAAUGUUCCAACCAUAUUAAAUAAGGUGGGGCAUUAGUCACAAUGAUUUCCUGUCCAUCUUGCUUUAGAGUAGCAGCACUGACAGCAACGUCACCCUCCAAAUCCUAAACCACCUCAUGGGCAUCCUUGGUGGGGGUUUUUUUAACUCUCAGUGGGAUGAGGAAAGUUGUGGGGAGGAAAGUAGAGUUCAGCCCUGGUGUUUGUCUUUGCCAGUCUAGUUGCCAGACAGCUGGACUAUGUAUGUGAUAGGUGAUAAUGCAGUUCUUUCUUCUAUUUGUAGGUUAUUUUUGGCCUUGCUUUGCUAAACUCCUUCAACCCAGAUCUACGAGGUUUUGGUAAGAUAAAUUUGUAUAGUAUUAUAGACACACAUACCAGAUUUUACUUCAUUUUUAGUAUAAUCUGUUUCCUGAGUUGUCUAUAAGAGACUUUAGUUUUCAUCCUUCUCCUGGAUCUAGUUGCUUAAGUUGUAGAAUCCAAGGGCCAGAAGGGACCACAGUGCAAGGUCCAGUUAACUCAUUCAAGGAUCAUCCUUGUAGUUGCCUCCGCUGAUGUUUGGAGGGAGGGGGGAAACACCCCAGAUCUUGAAAAUCUUGCCUGAUCUUUGUGGCUAAUAGAAUGUUCUGAAGACAUAAGAUACAGCUCUCCUUGAGCCCUUCCAGAAAGGGAAGACAACAUGGGAACCAUAUGUAAGCUGCUCUGAGCUCACAAUAUAAAUCUAAUACAACACACCCACCCAAAAAAUCUUAAGAGGUAAUUAAGAAAUAUGAAAUCUGCUUCCUUAUGUCAGUUCUAUCGACCUGGACUCUGAAAGGAGUUGAUCUGCGGGUCACUGAUCCAAAAUAUUCCCUUCUUUCUUAAUUAAAUGAGGUAACUACAGGCAACAAUUUUUCCAUUAAUCUGAGUUUCCUAGAACCACUUGUUAGCCCCGUUUGAAGUAUAUUUGGAAGUAAAAAUUCUUAGGGUGUAAUAGAAGUUAUAGCUGGUCACCAUUAGAAUUUGAGUAGAGUCAUGAUAGGGCGGGCAGGUUUUAGGUGCAACCUAAGCAGGAAAAAGUGAAAUUGGUGAAAAAGCCAAGCAUGUAUGCCCGGAGAAGUACCAGCUUCCGCUCCUGCUUUCUUGUGCUUGUACCAAACAGUGUAAGGAAAUGCAAGGUGGCAUCAAGUGAGGUUGCAUUCCAAGGCAGGGUGGUGCUGAGUUAUUCUGACUGGUUGUUCUAGUAUGCAACUGUCUAUAUACUGUCACACUUAUUGUGUGACGAUCAGAGCAGUUGGCAAGUGCUGUUGAUAAACCAGAAGAGCAUAUGCAUAAACUUUUUAAAAAAGCAAUUUAGUUAACUGCUUUCGGUUUCUCUCUCUCUCUCUCUUUAAAAGCUGCUCAGUUUAUUAAACAGAAACUUCCUGAUCUUCUGCGUUCAUACAUUGACGCAGACGUCAGUGGAAAUCAAGAAGGUGGCUUCCAAGAUAUUGCAAUAGAGGUCUUGCACCUCCUCCUAUCCCAUCUUCUUUUUGGACAGAAGGGAGCCUUUGGGGUUGGACAGGAACAGAUUGACGCUUUUCUCAAAACAUUACGUAGAGGCAAGUAUUGUAUUUGAUACAUCUAUUUGAAACCCAUUUCUAAAAGGAAUAAAUUUUUGUGGGGGGUAAACAUUUGGGUGGUAAUCUAGAAAAGAAAUGAGGAUCCUGAAACGAUUAUCUUAAUGCAGAUCCUUAUAGGAUUGUCUGCACAGUAUGUCUUUCAGAUACUAUAAUUGGUAGAAGUUUGGCUAUCACAACUUUAGAACCACCAAGGGUAUUAUUGUUGGCACUCCAUUUAUUCUCCCUCCCUCCCAUGGGAUGGGGCUUGGAUAUAAAGUGAUGCUUUCCACCCCUCUGAAAUUUUGGCCUGGGCUUCUCUGGCCCUACUAUCUUAGCCUUCCCCUUCCCUUUCCUAUCUAAACUUGUGACAGUUUCAAGGUGCUUUGGAAUGUUGCUGUGACAAUCCAGAGGAUGUAAUGGAGGCAGUACUGUGAGGCCCAGUUUGCACAACAUAGUAAACCGCAGUUUACUGUGCACACACCUUAAUGGGCUAUAAUCAUGACUUGUUGAGAGCAAAGUGAACCAUAAUUGCUGGUUUGGUCAUAAUAUUAAGCCCUGGGAUAAUUGUUUGCUUCCUCCCAGCAUGUGUGGGAAGGAGCAGAGGGGCCAAGCGAGACAUGUUCAUGGUAAAGCAUUAAGUAUGACUUACCAUGGUAUGCAACUAAGGUCAUAUAGUAUCUAAAUAGCUGUCAUGUCAAAGUAAGACAGUAAGUAGGCCAAAAGUUGGGGUAUAAAAUAAAUUGCUUUCUGUGUCUCUGAAUUCCAAGACAGUGAUCAUAAACACCUUUUUAUUCAAAACUUCUUUGGUCAUAACAUGAUUUUCACAAUAUGAAACAAAUGAUUAUUGGGGUUCUGUGUUGGUCAUUGGUCCUUCUGAAAUGCUAAAAUACUCUGGGAUCUCAGAUUUUCCCCAGGAACGUUGCCCUGUGGUGCUUGCACCACUCCUAUACCCUGAAAAACGGGACAUUCUAAUGGACAGGAUCCUGCCUGAUUCUGGAGGGAUAGCAAAAACAAUGAUGGAGAGCUCUCUUGCAGACUUCAUGCAGGAAGUUGGCUAUGGCUUUUGUACAAGGUACGUAGAUAAAUUAACUGAAAUUUGGAGUUGAUGUCCUGACUCUUAAGUCAUACUUUGAAUAGCCCCAUUGAAAUGAAAGGGCAAGUUAUGUCAGUUGAGAAGGCUGUUGGAGGUUGCAGGACAGCUAUACAGCUGCAAGUAAAACGUUUAGUGUGUUUUAAGUGCAAUAUACAAUGUCACACUAGGCGGCGAUGGUGAGGCUUAUGGAAAAUUCUAUGUAUUUUUAAAAAAGCUUUUUUUAAAAGUAUUUUCAGAAUGGUUUUUAUAUGCACAUAGAUUCCACCCUAGUCCAGCUUAAUGUACUGACUUGAGUAUCAGUAAUACUCCUUAAAAUAGACAUACUUGAUAGAAAACAAUUAUAUACUAAGUUUUGUGGAGGUCAUUGUGACUUACCUUUUUAGUGUGGAGGAAUGUCGCAACAUCAUCACACAGUUUGGUGUGGGAGAGGUCACUGCUGCCCAGGUUGCCAGGGUUUUGGGAAUGAUGGCUCGAACACACUCAGGAUUGGCAGACGGCAUUCCUUUGCAGGUGAGUGUCCUCUGUGUUGAGAGGUGUUGUAACUGAAUAUAACUUAAACAGAACUACUGAAUGGUGUUUACACAGAAGAUUUUGGAGCCGCUUAAUUCCUAUGAUCUUGAGCAACAAGCAUGACUGAAAGGUUAAAUGACUUCCAGCACUUCAGCAUUUUAUGCCAAAUGCUGUUUAACAGCUCUGUGUAACCUGCUGGUGGUGGAAGUGCUGUGUCAUAAUAUCCAGCUCUGUUUCCCUGUACCAUCUUAAUUCAGUGUGGCUGUGCAAAUGAACUGGUGCCUGGGUGCAGUGAUGGGCUAGAGGGUGGCCAAUAAACUGAGCUUGAAAGAUGGAGGUUCUCCAGGUGGGCAGGAAAUAGGUUAGUAGGGUGGGGCUGCACUAAAUCCAUUGUUACUCAAGGCUCAAGUGGCUUCAGUGGAUAGGAGUGCCUUCUGCCAGCUUCUUUUGAUAUGACAGUUGUGGUCGUUCCUGGAUUAUGAUAGAUUGACUAUGAUAGUUCAUACACCACCCAAUUGGAUUGCUGCAGUGUGCCCUGCUUGUGGCUUUUCUUAAGGCAUGUCUGGAAGUUGCAGCUGGUGCAGAAUGCUGCAACAAGGUUGCAGGAGGGAGAAUAAUUUUGACAACACCGUUGCUGAAAGGACUGCACUGGCUUCUGGUAUACUACUGAGCCAAGUUUAAGGGAUUGUGGAAGAACUUGGGUCAGAUUAUCUAAGUCUCCCUUAACAUGUGCCCCUGCCUGGUUGCUCCGUUCCUCAGGAGAGACAAUCAUAAUAGUACUCCAUGCUCCUGCUUUUUGUCCAAUGUUCACAAAAAAGGGGUUUUGUUUUUAAUUCUGUUUAUUACUGUUUGCUCAUAAAGCCUUUCCCUCUAUUUUAUUGUUAAGGGACAUGCUGACAGUGCAUUAUAGAAGACAGUUUAAGUAUUGCUGAUCUGCAGUAAUAAAUGUGUUGCAAUCGUAAAAUUCAAACUCCACUCUGUCACUUGAUCUUAUUUCUUGAUCUACUAAAUCCAUCUACACAACCGACGUCACAGGAAUUCUAAACCUACAUGCUUAAUUUACAGUCCAUCUCUGCUCCUGGAAGUGGAAUUUGGAGUGAUGGAAGAGAUAAAAAUGAUGGAACACAGUCCCAUACCUGGAAUGUGGAGGUUCUGAUUGACGUGCUUAAAGAGCUGGUAUGUUGAUCACAAUCUGACCUUUUGAGGAAAAACUGAAUGCCAGAAACUUAAGGGCUGUUUCAUGUAUGAUACAUUUCCUGUAAGGAUGUCACUUCUGUGAAAGAAACUGCAUAUGUUUGGUUAUGUUUGAGCAUGUGUAUAUUUUGCCAUGUGUGUAUAGCUGGAAAUGCUGAAUGGUGGGUUCUGCUGCAUUUGGUUGUAAAACAUGUAGGUUAAACUUAGAAAAACUGAUCAACAGUAUUAACAGGCAAGCUCUGUAUACUGUAUGUGUGGCUAUUGGAGAAGACAAGCAAACAUGAUUUUAACCAGAGAUGAUUAUAACCAGAGAGAGGUUCAUUUGGUACUAGAUUGUCAUCACUGUAACUAGGUCCCUGAUGAACUGGCAAGUCACUAUUUUCUCAAAGGUCAACUGAGAAUGACAUAGCAUGUGUAUUCUGAACGGCUAUUCCUAUGCAUGAUUAGCAUUAGUGCAGUGUCCCCUUGUUUGGCUCCAUGCUUGCAUUGCAAAUGAUGUAAGAUUUAUUCUGCUUUGAUCAGGACUUUGCAAGUGGUGCUGAUUAGAGAUAUGGUAUCAUUAAAGCACACCUUUAUUUGUUCUUUACUGGUGACAAAUCCUUAGCAAGUAUUUAGCAGUGUUUUAGUUCAUUUAAGGGACACUUAUCCUCUGUUGUAUUUAGUGUUUUUAAAAUAUAUUUUCUAUGUAGUACCCUGUUUUUAAAAUGCUGUAAACUGCUCUGAGUGGUGCAUAGGGACUAGAAAGAUUGAUAGACAUUUCUGUGUGGGGGAAAAUAUAAACACCUCAUUCUGCAUAAUGCGUACAAGGACUCUUGAAUGCUUGUGGGACCAAUUUUUACAUGAUUACUAAUUUUUUUUAAUGACUGACUUAAAAUAUAUAAUGACUAUUCAUCAUUUUGACAACUCACAUGAACCAUAUUAAAGGAAAAAUUAACUGCAGAGUUAUAUUCACAGACUUACUAUGGGGAAUGUGCUAGAGUUCAUGUUUUGCAUGUUGGAAGCCUGAGAUUCAAUCAUUGGCAACUUUGCUUUAAAAAUGGGUAAAGGGAAUCAGGAAAACCCCAUUUCCCCUCUGUGGUUGAGCUGUUGUCAAAAGUAGCAGUCAAUAUAUGAGCUAGAGUUAGAUGAGCUAAUGACCUGCUUCAUAUCUUACAAAUUGUUUCUAAGUUGUAUAAGGAGAAAUGUGAAAGCAUCCUCUUUAUUUUUGCCUCCAUAAGUUGCACCACUAUUUGUUUUACUCUUUGCAGAACCCAAAUUUGAACUUCAAGGAAGUAACCUAUGAACUUGACCACCCUGGAUUUCAAAUUCGUGAUAGCAAAGGCUUACAGAUUGUGGUGUAUGGUGUCCAGAGAGGGCUAGGGCUAGACGUCUUCCCAGUUGAUCUCAUAUACAGACCUUGGAAACAUGCAGAAGGACAGGUAAAAAUCAAGGAGAAGUUUUUUUUCAUGCUUUCUUUCUCACUCAGUACCGCCACAUUGGUUAAAAAGGUAGAGGAACCCCUGACCAUUAGGUCCAGUCGUGGACGACUCUGGGGUUGCGGUGCUCAUCUCGCUUUGCUGGCCAAGGGCGCUGGCGUACAGCUUUCGGGUCAUGUAGCCAGCAUGACUAAGCCGCUUCUGGCGUACCAGAGCAGCACACAGAAACACCAUUUACCUUCCCGCCAGAGUGUUACCUAUUUAUUUACUUGCACUUCGUGCUUUCAAACUGCUAGGUUCGCAGGAGCAGGGACCGAGCAACGGGAGCUCAUAAUUACCAUAGAACUUUUAAAAAUGUUCUUUCAGUUUUUUGUUGAAUUUUGGCUUUGGGGCUCACUAAGACAACAGUUGUUAUCAAGAUGUGAUACAUCCUUUAAUACACUGCGAUUACUGUAACAGGUAGCGAUCAGACUAUAGAAGACUGAAUCUUAGAACUUUCAGAAAGUUAUUUGGAAAAGCAAUCAUAAUAGCAUAAGUGUGAGAGGGAGGGGUGGUGAUUGCUUAGGAGGAAGUGCAUCAAGACAGUGUCACAUGAAUGUAGAUAUGAAAUGACUCUUACAGUGAUGUAAUUUUGUUGCAGCUCUCAUUCAUCCAGCAUUCCCUCAUUAAUCCAGAGAUCUUCUGUUUUGCUGACUACCCCUGUCAUACUGUUGCCACGGAUAUUUUGAAAGCCCCUCCCGAGGAUGACAAUCGAGAAAUUGCCACAUGGUAAACAGUAUUAUUUUUCUUGGGAAUACAGCUGCUUCAGCAUUCUGAAAUGAUGAGCCAGAGUAUUCAUGGUUGAUAUCCCUUUCUUGCUUUUCUGACAGCCUUUUGGUAAGAAGGUUUUGAGUCACUAAGUGCUUCAAUCUUGAGAGGAUGUGUGUGCAACAGGGAUGGCCCAUUAGUUCAGCAGAGGGGUCUCCCCCAGACACUGGCUGCAUUUGCUAGUCUGUAAAUAGUUGCAUAGAUAAUGAGAGCAACAUGUUAAAUUAACCAUGUGUAUUAAGCUGCUAUGAACUAAACACUGAUUAUAUUUUUGCUGUGGUCUGGUUUGUGAAGGUUGGAUCUUGAUUUCUAGGCAGGCCUUUGGACUGUUCUGACCACUCUGCAUGCUACUUGAUGGAAGUUGACUUUGAUAUCUAUUUCCCCAAGUUUGGUUAUUUCAAAUAUUGUCGAGCGUAACAGAAUUUAGAAUUACGUCAUUUGAUACCCAUGUUAGCUUGGUGUAACAGACACCAAGCCAGAAUCCUGUCAACUGAUUCACAAUAUUGCAUUUCCCCCCCUUAUUUGUUAGGAAGAGCCUGGACUUGAUUGAGUCCCUGUUGCGGUUGGCAGAGGUUGGCCAGUAUGAGCAAGUUAAGCAGCUCUUCAGCUUCCCUAUCAAGCACUGUCCAGAUAUGUUGGUAUUGGCAUUACUACAGAUCAACACUUCCUGGCAUACUUUGCGGCAUGAACUCAUCUCCACACUUAUGCCCAUUUUUCUUGGCAACCAUCCCAACUCUGCCAUCAUCCUGCAUUAUGCAUGGCAUGGGCAGGUAAGGGCAUUACAAUGGUUUUGUUUUGACAACAGAGUUUAAACUUGCCACUGUGUUAUGCUCCUGAAAGAAGGGUGGGAUAGAAAUUUGAUUGUUCUUUGCUCCAUGAGGGUUGUCCUGGGUGUGAGGUGAUUUUUGUUAUGUACCUGUACUAUUUUUCCAACUGUGAAGCUAUCCAGACAGCUUGACCUCAGUAUGAAUAUACUUAUGACUUCCAGAUAUCCCUCAUUUUAAUCUGCCCCAGGAACAGAGAGGGGUCAGUCCUAUAUUAGUGUUUGGGUGGCCUGUAACACAGCUGGAUUGGAAUAAACACACUGAGGUAGAGACUAGCAGUAGCAACCCCCUGUCCCUGUCCCUCUCCUUUCCCUAGUUAAAAGUUGCUUCAUGCAGCAGUUGCAUGUGCAUUCUGUCUUGGAGAGACAGCACACAUGUUCUAUUGCCUUUUUCCCCCUGCCAAGUUUAAUUGUUACAGACCCUGCAUUUAUAUGCAAUAUGACCUGCUGCAGUUCUAUAACCUCAGGAAAUAAUAUACUUUGCCUACCUGACCAUGGAAAUAAAUUGCUAUGCUAUUAUGCAUCAGCCACUUAAUUGUUCUUUUGUGCCUUUAUGGAGAGAUGGAGCACAAAUGUGUUAAAAGUGGAGCCAAUCUUUGGCAUCUCCGUUGCUAUUCCUGAAAGUUAAGAAGUCAGUAAAGAGGAAAAUGGCUUGGUGUUUUGAUUUGUUAUUGUAAUAAGGCUCCAUCAAAUUUGCUGGUGGAGCAAAGCACAGGGGCCAAUCUGGCUGUAUGGUAGGGGCAAGUUGUGGAGGCUAAAGGGUUGGAGGAGCAAGGUACCUAGAAGGGGGGGGGAGAAAUAAGCUGAAACCCUCUUCCACCUGCUACUUUUGUUUUCAUUGAAUUGGAACCUGUGAUUUCAGUGUUCCAGAGCAGCAAGGGACUUGCCAUGUGCCGGUUUAAUUGCUCUUUAAGAGCUAGAUAAUUUAUGUAGUAAUCUGAAAUUCAGCUGAUGUUUCCUUAGGGCCAGUCUCCUUCAAUUCGCCAGCUCAUCAUGCAUGCUAUGGCAGAAUGGUACAUGCGAGGGGAACAGUACGACCAAGCAAAAUUAUCACGUAUUCUAGACGUGGCCCAAGACUUGAAGGUGAGUUUGAUUCUAUAUUUUAAUUCUGUGGAAAGUGCUUUGACUUUAGUGUUGGGGUUGUGUGAGAUGCAGGGUUUGGGAGUGGAGGAAAAUAAGUAUCACAUCAGAGGACAUGUUUAUCCUAAGGACAGGAAGAGGUUAUGUGUAGGAAGAGAAACUCAUCUCUUCACUUAAUAUGAAGCUGUGUUGCUAAAUUUGUGACUUGCUAAAGUAAUUUUUUCCAUCUGCAGAGUUACUAAGAUCCUGAGCUGUAGUUUUCUUUUUUGUUUUUACGAUCUUGCAUUAGAGCAACUCCAGAGACUCUUAAAAACUUGCAAAGUGUCACUGCUGUUGUAUGUUUGUCUUUCCUCUUCAUCAAGAAAGUAUGCGAGAUUUUGGUGGCAUUGAAUAUCAUAACUCUAUAGCUUUUACUAGACACUACUGGGUCAGCAUUCAUGUUAUAACUCUCCCAAAGGAGCCCAGGGUGGCAAUCUGGUUAAGUUUGGUUCAGCACUACUGAAGGCCCAUAAUUACUUGCUUAUUUCAAGCAAGGUGUAUUGUCACCAGAAGGUAUCAGUGUAUUGCCUCAAGCUCCAUGGGUAUGCAACCUCUUUUUCCUUGGAGUUUGUACAAGAGCCCUUGCAAUUGAAAUGAAUAGAAGUCAUGUAUAGUGUGAUAGGAGCUCAAACCACCCAUAAAAGCUGCUCCCCCAAGCAGCCAGGUGGUGAGGUAGAGGUUGGUUCUCCGGUCUUCCUCCAGUCUUGCACAGGCAGUUUCUAGGCCUGUUCCACCCAAACAUAGAAAGAGCCAUAACUGCUGAAGGAGGGAAGAGUGAGCAGUCCCACUUGUGGAUAAUGCGCACAGCCCACCCAGCUUUAAUGGCCAUGAGGGUGGUGAGGAUUACUAUCAACAGGGUGCCUGCCACCUAUAGAUCAGAAAAUAGGGAGAGAAGAAUUACUUAUGUCACUUUGCUGUGAAGCCUUCCACCCUCAGUGGCUUUACCUUGCCUGUGGUCUUCCACAUCCCCCCCCCCCUCAAAUUCUUAGGUUGGAGGGAAAAGCAAUGUGUCCAGUGUAUUCUUCUCCCAGGAAGAGGAAUUCCCACCCUGGAAGCUGCUUUGCUGGCUGCCGUCUCUGUCAUGUUCUGUGUGACAGAAAAAAAUGUUGGGAACUGAAUAAUAUAUAGAUAUGGUGGGGGAGGGUGUAUGUGUGUAGGCUAAUUCUGAGGGAAGCGUAGCCUGAUACUUUGACUAGCAGUUUUCUAACUCUCUUUCUUUAGGCGUUGUCAAUGCUGCUAAAUGGUACUCCAUUUGCCUUUGUUAUUGACCUUGCUGCACUUGCCUCUCGACGGGAAUACCUCAAACUAGACAAAUGGCUCACAGAUAAAAUUCGGGAGCAUGGGGUAAAGCAGGAUUUUCUUAAUUAUUUUUGCAACUUUUUUGGUGGUAACAGUCAUUUCUUUUUUUAAAAAAUGUUUCCCUGCAGUUUAUAAAAAUUGCUUUCAGCAUGCACUCUUGAGUGAUAAUGUUGAACUAAUGCCCAGUAUUUUCUAUAUCAUAAUUUUGUUAACAUUCUUGAACUAUUGUUAAGUGUGUGUGUCCCACUGAAAUUUGCACUUUUCCUUCCCUAGGAGCCUUUCAUCCAAGCCUGUAUGACUUUCCUAAAGAGAAGGUGCCCCUCUAUCUUAGGUGGCCUUGCCCCAGAGAAAGACCAGCCCAAAAGUGCUCAACUUCCUCCAGAGACACUGGCAACUAUGCUGGCUUGCCUGCAGGCUUGUGCUGGGUAAGCAUAUAGUAUCUUCUGGGAUAGGGCGUCAGUCUCAUAAAUAGUGGUUAAGAAGGUGAAUUUACAAACUGGGAACUUGGCUAUGAGCUCACUAGGUGGCCUUUGUGAGCUGCCAUUUCUCAGCCACCUUCUCAUCCUCCAGAUCCUCUGUAGCACUGGCCUAUCUGGCAAGGUUGGUGUAAAGUUUGUGCUGUGUCUGUUUGGGAAGUGCUUUGAGCAUUUUGGAAAAGUACUAAAUAAAUCCUGUGUAAGUCAUUUUAGUUACAUUGGGGCCAUUAUUAGGAAGUAUAAAGUCAGGGCUUUGGCAAAUGCAGCCUUUGGACAGAGAGUUUUGCCUUUGCCAAGGUGCAGUGCUGUGUAAUGGGUAGGAUUUUGUAUGUUUAGGUUGUACUUAAAAGCAUAUGUAGAAGAGUUGGAGAUAAGCCCGCAGGGCUAUUUGUCACUUGUCUCUGGAGUUUGUAAUACCUUGUUAGUUGGUUGGCAAGUUUGUCCUUCAGUUAAAUAAGGGGUCAAUAUAUAUAUUGCACCUAGAUAAAAGGGGGAGUUUUAUUGGCAAGUAAAAAUCAUUUCUUCUCCCAUUAGAAGUGUGUCUCAAGAGCUGUCAGAAACUAUUCUAACCAUGGUAGCCAACUGCAGCAAUGUCAUGAACAAAGCCAGGCAGCCACCACCUGGAGUUAUGCCCAAAGGACGUCCACCAAGUGCUAGUAGCCUAGAUGCCAUCUCUCCUGUACAGGUAUGUGGAUGCUGAAAGAAGCUAAAGUAGCAUAAUAAUGGGAGGAGGUGCCUUUUUAUAUGUCUCUAAACUUAGUUUUUUAUUCAUAAUCAAAUGUAAUUCAAACAUAUUAAUUGAAACCUUGCAGUUUUAGCACCAUCUUUGAACCUGACAUGUCUUUUUCAUGGCUUCUUGGGUCAAGCAAUGGUGCUAGAUUAUAAGGACUUGUUAUAACUGGGGCUCCUCAGUUCUCAGCUGAGCUGCUCUUUUAAAAACAAGGUACAUAUUAGUACAUAUUAGACACCACACACUGUCACUUCUGCUUCCAGAUUUAAUAGGGAGGAAGACCUGGUUCUAGUAACUAUAUUCAGUGGUAGAUAUAAUAGCCUUUCAUGAUUUACUUUCUAAAGAUUUAAUUUGGCACCAUUCUGCAGACUAAAGAUUAAUUGAGCAGCUUUUCAUUAAUGAAAAGAAAUUGUGUGAUACUAACAAGCAAACAGUGAGGAUUCUAAGCUUUCUUCUAUAAGUUUCACAGAGCUUUUUAAAAAGUUAGCUCUUAAAGCUAAGUGGUUGUUUGGGCUCCAGAACAAACUAUUUAUGUGCCGCCCAACCCCCAAAACCACAAGAUGAUGUUUAGUUUUAAAAGGUUAUACAGAAAUACCUUGCAUUUCAUGCGUUUUGAAGGUGGAGGAUGCCUAACGGGUUUGUAAGAGUAAGGAGUUGAUGUGUGGUCUUAACUGAUUUUGGCAAGGCUGAUCUGAAUGAAUAUUGAUUGAUAUAGAAAAUAACCCCUUGUCUCUUUGAAUAUUGAUUUUAUCCUCAGAUUGAUCCACUUGCUGCUGGGAUGGCAUCUCUCAGCCUAGGUGGUUCAGCAGUUCCACACACACAGAGUAUGCCAGGUUUUCCUCCAAACUUGAGUUCUGCUUUUAGUACUCCACAGUCACCAGCAAAAGCAUUUCCACCGCUUUCCACACAAAACCAGAAUACACCUUUUAGUGGGAUUGGCGGACUCUCUUCACAGCUUCCAGGUACUUUUGUGUAAAGGGGCUGGUACUCAUGGGAGGAAUGUGGCUGCUUUUCCUAUAAUUCCAGCUGGGGGCAAGCACUUCAAAUUGUAUCCAACUUAGUAUACUCAGUGUAAACCCAUUGAAACCAGUGGACGUGAUAUUAGUUCUGUGAAUUAAUUUCAGUGGGCCAAAUGGAAGUACCAUGUUGACACUAUUCAGGGUGGGAAUAGCAAACAAGUUAUAAUGUCUGUCAGCAUUUGUAAACAUAACUGAAAUGAUAAUUUUAUUUUCCUCAGUAGGUGGUCUUACAACAGGUAGUCUGGGCAUAGGAACUGGGGCCCUUGGCCUCCCUGCAGUGAAUAAUGACCCAUUUGUGCCAAGAAAACUGAGUACAUCAGGACUGAACCAGCCUACAUUCCAGCAGAGUAAGAUGAAACCUUGUAAGUGGUAAUGUUGUCUGAUUGUGAAGUGUGACUGUGAAUGUGUGGUAAAUGUGAGUUUUCCCUCUAGGGUGGGGGCUGGCAGCGGUCUCUUAGGAUCCUUCUUUGCCCUCCCCAAUAUCUAGCCUUUCUCCCAGGAAUCUUGGAGCAGCUUAUGUUGGGCUUCCAGGCAGUCUCCCAUUCUUGUGGUGACUAAAUUAUAACCUGCUUGGCUUUACCAUGCUAAUCGUGCUCCCAGCUACUGAUGCCAAAAGCUUAACCUUGUACAGUUGUAGGUUCCAAGUAAUUUCAGGUUUAAACCAACACAGAUCAAGUGGUUUAUCAGGCUGCAUGAACGAACAGCUUUCAUGUGAGUACUUCAUAGAAUUAUUCACAAUUGUCCUCAAGACCAAGCUUGUGAUAUUAGACUAGGAAAGUGUCCCUCAGUUUGAUGGGAAAGUGGCAUUGUGUACAUAGUCUCUGCCACUUUUUAGUGACAUUGAAAUCUUGCCCAGAAAUUGAUUUUGUCCAGCUCAUUGAGUCUAUGCUACUUGUAUUUGUCUGUUAGCCCUCGUUCACUCAAAGUGUACCUUUCGUGUCCUUUGGUGAUUUUUUUCAGCUUAUGGGUGUCUGGGUUGUGGGGGUUGGGAAACUACUUUGAAUCAUGAAGAUGACACAUGCAAUAGGCAGCAUCUUUCAAAUCUUGCUGCUGAAUAUUUCUCAGUAAACCAAACUGAGGCAAUGGCCAGAAAAUAGGAGAAAGAUGUAGAAAUAUACUAGCAUUGGUAUUAGGGUGGUGGUUUUUAGAGGGUCAACAAGGGGUUAGGUGGCCAGUUGAAUGUGGAAUGCUUGGUGUUUGGUGUCAGGAAUAGAUAAAAGGACUCUUCUGGGCAGGGAAGACUUAAGUAGCGAGAACGUACGUCUACAGUUUGCAAGGCCAUUAUGUUUUGAUAAUCAUAGCUACCUGCAAACACCUUAAUGUGAGCCUGUGGAACAGAGAUGAUCUCUAAUCUCUUGCUUUGCCUGAAGAAGUUUGAAAGUGUACCUGCACAUUAAUGUUCAGCAUGCUGUGAGUGCUUAUUGCAUCCUGUCCAAUACGCUAAUCUAGGGAUGAAUGAUACUUUAAUUCUGCAGUCAUUCAGAUUUGCUUUCCUGGCUUCCAGAAUAAUCGCUAAUGAAGAACAAAUGUGUUCUCAUAACUAAACCAGCCCUUUCCAACUAAAAUUCUUGGUCUAUAUGCAGUCCCACAUAUGUGUUACAUGCCUGAGCUAAACACCAUUCAGAACCCUUUAGAGCUGUGCCACAUUUUGGUGACACAGACCUCGUUCUUUCCUGCUCAGUGCCUUUUUGACUGCUGCAGCAGCUUUUGGAGCUUGCUUCCUCCCAUUUAUACCACAACUUGGCCCUAUUUUUCCUUGCUUUGCCAAGCUUCAGCUUUAUUUUCUUCUUCUCUCCUAGUGUAUCCUCUUUUUAAGUUGUCUCACAGUUUAUUUUCCUCUCACACCUAUAGCACAGCAAGCAUUCUUCAAGAAAUGCUGGGAAGAUGGGUUUAAUAUUUUAUCUAUAGAUGGAGGAAAUGUCCCUGGGGGAUCAACAUGCUGUUGCCCAAGUUGUCAUGAAUUCAUGGCAAUAACCCUCUCUGCAAUGCAGCAGUCUCCCAUCGUGGAACUUCUUUCUUUCCUUAUUGGGGUGGCUGUGCCCAACUUACUAUGCUUUCUGCCUUGCUCUUGCCAAUACUCCCCCCCCCCCCAAGUUCUUUCUCCAACUCCAGUCAGAGUGAUCAAGAUUAUGUGCACUUGAUCCUUUGUUGUGAUACAGCUUGAUCUGAUCUGUCCUGCCUGCUGAAGGUGGUCUUGGUGUUUCAUCUUAACUGGAACUUAGUUCUUUUUAUAUUGUACCCAAAUCCCAACUCAACAACUUUCUUACUAGGUCUGCAUGACUAUCAGAUUUUCCAUAAAGUAGCUUGCUUGCUGUCCCUGUCAGUAAUCUGUUCACAUUUGACAUGGGAAGUAACUACAUUCACAGCCUUGCGACCUUGCUUUCUGUGAAAUGAUUACCCCUUUGAUGUGCAAGUUUGAGUGGAUGCUGUCAUUGAAAGGACUGUACUUAUAACAUAUUGUUUUCCUGACAGUACCUUUCCCACCCUGAGGUAAGACAGCUUGCUAGUCUCCAUAUGUGGGACCACACGCUGAUCAUGAAGAAGAAAGAUGGGUUGCUUAUCUGUAACUGUAGCUCUUUGAGUGGUCAUCUGUGCAAUCACACAGCUCACUUCUUUCUCCCUCUGCUGGUGUUGCUCUUCGUUGGUCUCCUUUGGGCAGCCACAUCCUGCUGGCAAGCACCUUGGUAGCUGAGACAGGGCAUCUUGCCAAAACCUUUCCGUGUCUUAUCUCUACAAGUUUGGUUUGCAAAGGCACACAAAUCCAUACAAGUAACUGAAGGGAGGACCGCUCAAAGAACUACAGUGACAGAAAAGCAACCUCUUUGAGCUCAUAAUAUGAGUGAGACUGCAUCAUCAUGAAAUACACUGAAAUAUUCCAAACUGCUUCUGUUCCCUUGGAUCUGUGAUUUUGAAAUUAAUAUAUUUCCCCUCCAUUUUGUGUAUUUAUUUAAUUAGUAUCUACUUUUUUCAACAGCUGACUUAUCUCAGGUAUGGCCAGAGGCAAAUCAGCACUUUAGCAAAGAGAUUGAUGAUGAAGCCAACAGCUAUUUUCAGCGUAUUUAUAAUCACCCACCGCAUCCAACUAUGUCUGUAGACGAGGUGAGCUGUGGGUAGUAAUGGCAUCUCUCUCAACUUGCCCUUCUUCCUUACUGUAGACUUUCUUUUCAGUCUUAUGGAAAAUUUGAGAAAGUAGGUACUUGCAACAUUGCUUUUUGUUUGGUUGCAGUUUAAGGGAAAUUUAAAUUGUAAAAUUCCAAAAUGUAUGUCCAUACAGUUGCAGACAACUUUUGUGCAAGUGAAAUUGGAUGUUUUAAGUUGGGUCCAGUGGAAAGAUAACUAUUCUGUAAGUUUUGUCUGCUUGUUAUAUGUCACAGUGGGGAAAAGUUAUACUUCACUUUGAUUUGUGCAUCUGUUGGGUGAACACUUCUCCUGAGGGGGAGGGGGUUGUUCCUAAAUCAACAAAGUGCUACUUAGCAAAGAAAGCUGCAGUUGCUGAGCCUUAAAUGUCUGGGUGACCCAGCCCACUAAAUUGGAUUAAAUUAGAGUCUCCCCUUUUAGAAUGUGUUUCUGACCACAUUUUAGGCAAUAUUAGGACACACUAUUUAAUGUUUUGUGCUUACGGUGUUACAGUCAUCAGAAUAUAAACGUGCAAAACCCAGCAUAAUGACAUAAACUUCAGUGAAUGAGGCCAGCUGCAUGUAGCAAGUAUUAUUUGUUCUUAGUGUUCUGAUUCAAGCAUGUUAACUGGAGAAACCCUUUUGGCAAGUAAGCAGAAUAGAAAUAAAUAAUACAUGUGAGAUUUUCCCUAGCAAAAUUUUUACUGGUUUUCUCAGCGAACUUUACUUUGUGUAGGUGCUCCAAGGGCUAAGCAUAAUAAAUUGAGUCUCUUCAUAACAUUCUGAUUUCUUUACAGGUGUUAGAAAUGCUACAGAGGUUUAAGGACUCCAACAUUAAACGAGAACGCGAAGUAUUUAACUGUAUGCUGAGGAACUUGUUUGAGGAAUAUCGGUUUUUCCCCCAGUACCCCGAUAAAGAGCUGCACAUAACAGCCUGCCUCUUUGGUGGGAUAAUAGAGAAAGGACUGGUUACAUAUAUGGCGCUGGGCCUGGCCUUGCGCUAUGUUCUUGAAGCCUUACGAAAGCCUUUUACAUCCAAAAUGUACUAUUUUGGUAUUGCUGCACUAGAUAGAUUUAAAAAUAGGUGAGUGUGUUUUUAUAAUAUUUCCAAAAUGCAUGGGGGAAUCUCAUAACUAUAUGCCUACUUCAGCAAUAUAUUUAGCUUUCCAAUACAAGGUUGACAGUAUAUUGCAGUUAUUGAACGUGUCUCACAGUAGAGGCAUAAAUUAAAUAGAACCUUUGGCUAAUAAAGGGAAUGCAGAUUUUAAAAUAAAUGAAAAGGAAGUAAAUUACUUAUAGUCUGAAUCUGAAUAGAAAUUGCCUUAAAAUGGCUUUGAAAGUAUCAGAUGGCAUAUAUAUUAAUAUUGCUAUGGGGGGGGGGGAGAAAGCAAAUCAGUGUUACUGGAAGUGAAGCUGCCUUGUAGACUUACAAAAACUAGGAGCAAUCCAGCUAAAGUCGAGCCCAUUUUUGUCUCAUUGGUAUUAAUGGGAGGAGCCUCUUUCCCACUGAAAUAACUUUGACUGGAUUGUACUUUAUACAUCUGGGUCAUGCAAGGUCACUCUCCCAAGAUUUGUUACGAUGGAAAGCUUAACUUUCAUCCAUUUUGCAAGGCAGUAUUCAUGGCCCUCUAGAAACAACUAGUGGGGGCCUCACUUACCAGAUGCCAACAUGUCAAAAGUGCUGGUAAGUAGCUACUUCUUUGUUGCACAGUAGAAACCAGUCUCAGUCCAUUUCUCCUCCCCCCCACAGCAGUGUGACCAUUCCACAUCCCAGUAGUCAGUUUCCUCUCCUCUUCCUUUCACACUACCUCUGUGUACUCCUCCAUGCCACCCCUGUGAAUCCUGUGGCAAGCACUCUGUGAUUCUGCACCCUUCUAUCUGUUUCAGAGAGUUUGCAUAUUGUUCCUUAUCUCCUGCAUCUUUGGAGCAAGAUACAUAGCUUCAUACCCCUUUGGGAAAACUUGUCAUGUUCAGGAUAAUUUCUGAAACCAUAACUACUACAAGUUUUUAAUGAAAGCUUGAGAUUCGCAGAACUUUAGUACAUCUUUGGAACAUCAGUGCAACUUGGGGUUUUGUUUAAUAUCCCUACUGAGAAACUUUGUAAUUUUUAUCCAUUAUUGCUCUGUACUGUUCUUCCUUUCAGUGCUGUAUAUUUGAAUUGGUUUCUUGUUCAAUAGAAAUUUUCAUUCAAAGAGCUGUCAUAGUUUUACAGCUAUCUAGCUGAUAAAAUGAGAGAGCAUAAGGAUUCCUAUCUUUAAAGUACAUUUAAGCAGGCAGGUGUUCUAACAAACAUUUAGUUCUGAAAUUGAAGUUAGCCUUCAUGUAUUUAACAAGCAAGACUGAGAUUUCUUGACUUAUUUAGUUAUCAAAUCAUUUUUAUGGCUGAAUUUUGCAAAUUGGAUUCUGUACCUAUAUUAGCCUUAAAUUGCAGAAUGUUCUGCAUUAAAAACUGUUUCUGCAUUGAGAAUGUUGUGGGGAGAGCUGCAGAAGAAAGAGGGCCAACAGGGUAGGGCAUUCUAGAGGGGGUUAGAGGGGAGCAACAACAAGCUGUGUAUGUAGUAAAGAGGCAUAUGUCUGCCAUAUGUCACUUGAGAAGACUGCUGUGGUUCUUCCAAAGAUGUUAUUGGGAACUAUGAGAGCUAUAUUGACAAAUUGAUUGUGCUCUUAGCUACCCUUUUCUAAAAACCCAAUCUGUGGGGGUGGCCCAUAAAUAUGGAUCUAAGUCUUACUGUUUGGUAGGUUGGCCCCUUUGCAAUAUGCAGUAUUCUUGGAGGAGAAAGCCACCAAUAGCUCCUAGGUACCACAAUGGCUAUGUUCUGCCUCCAUUUUUGGAGACAGUGUGCCUCUGAAUACAAGUUGCUGGGAACUGCAUGUGGAGUGAGUGCUGUUGUUCUCAGGUAUUGCUUGUGGGCUUCCCAUGGGCAUCUAGAUGGUCACUACGAAAACAAGAGUUCUUGACUAGAUGGGCCUUUGUCCUAAUUCAGCAGGUUCUUCUUGUGUCCUUGUGCUUAUGCCUUGGCAGCAUAUAAUUGGAAUCACUGGCUGCAUCAAUAGCAUUCAUACUUUUGCUAACUAGUUUGCAACUGGUAGAACCAGAAAUCUUCACUGCAGAUCCAGUAUCAGUUAAGCCAAAGAUUUAACCAUUAAUGUAUUGAUCAGGCCGUUUGUUUUCUCCUACUAAUGGAUAGUUUUACUGUUGACAGAUUGAAGGACUAUCCCCAGUAUUGUCAGCACUUGGCUUCUAUUAGUCACUUUAUACAGUUCCCUCAUCACCUGCAGGAGGUGAGUGUUAAAGGCAUGGACAGUGACGGGUGGGGGAGGACAUCUGAAUUGAGUUAGGUGUAUUUGCAUAUUGAAAAACCUCAGCGUUCCAUUAGUUUCAUGCUUCAGGGUCCAUUCAGUAAAAGGUACAAAAGGAUCUGGAAAACUUGAGUGUGAGUAGCCCAUGCAUCUGAGAGGAGAGAAACAGGUUAAUCUUAAUGCAGGUCCGCUUUUUUGUAAACCUCCCUUCAAGGAGAUCUGUAGCCCUUUGCCACUGGAAGUGUUCAUUUGACAAUUACUUUAAUCCUUGCCAAGCAGCUUCUUAUAUGGUUGGGUUGUGCAUGGUCUUUCCUAGCAAAUAAAUCCAUACCGCUAGGCACAGCAGUCUGUCUGCCCAGACCUUCUGAAAGCAAACAAAACCAGGGACAGUGGAAUUAGGAUUCUGAAGGUCUGAUCCAAAGGCUGUAGUCCAAACACUAAAAGCAAUGUUGGUUUAGGAUCUCUACGUUAGUAACACACCAAUCAGUGGGGAUUUCUAUAUUUUAUAUGCAGUAUUGAAUAUUUACAUGUGAUUAAUAACACUGAAAGUCUUACCAAUUGUAGUUCUUACACCUUUGCUUCAGAAAAGACAGCAUUAGUCUCUUAGUUGUAACAUCGUGUGUCAUCUGUGGAAAUGGGCUUCAUCAGUGGUUGCAGGAAAUUUGUUGCCCUUAUCUAGACUAUAGGAUUUGGAAUAUUUCUACCCCUGGAUUACUUCACUGUUUACUACUUUUUGCUCUCAUUGAAGUCUGCAAGGAAGGCUUACCCUCCCUUGCAGAAUCAGGGCACAUCUUGGAUCUAGUUCCUGCUACUUCUGCUCCCACAGAAUAGGAGAAAUAGGAUGGAGUGGAAAAUCCAGGGUUAACAUUGGAAUUGCUAAUUGAUCCAAGACAAAAAGGAAACUUCUAAAAUAUGUAAAACGUCUUUUGUUGCUGAUUUCAGGCCAUUUAUGGAGUUUCAUUUGUGCCACAAACUUCAAGGCCAAGAGUUUGGGGAGUAGUUCUAGAAGGCAGUUGUAAGAUUUGUUACAUACCUGUGGUUGUAUGUGAGUUUUAAGAGCUAUAUACUUCUUGUCUGUUAUAGUACAUUGAAUAUGGACAGCAGUCUAGAGAUCCUCCGGUGAAGAUGCAGGGGUCAAUCACCACCCCUGGAAGUAUUGCACUUGCCCAGGCCCAGGCCCAGGCUCAGGUUCCGGCAAAAACUCCUCUUGCUGGUCAAGUUAGCACUAUAGUCACCACCUCUACUACCACUACUACUGUGGCAAAGACUACAAUCACUCCAGUGGGUCGAGUCAGCUUCAAGAAGGAUGUGCCAGUAAGUACACGAGCCAUUUUACAGGAAGUAGACUGAGAUUACGCAUGCAUCAGUUCUUAGGAGUAAAACAAAGAAGAUAAACCCCAUCUAAUGUUCAUAGCAUACACAUAUCACAUGCAAAACCUCUGAUACUUUAACCACAGUUACACUCUAAUAAAAAGGAUUUGUUUUUCUUGUAUGCCUAGUCUGGAUAAUUACCUAGCCAUUUUUGUUUUUACUGUUGUUUUGCUAUUAAAUAUCAAGCAGUUGUUUCCUUCCCUGUGUUGGUGUUAGCUGCUUCUCCUGCUUUCUGUUCUCACUUUUAGUUCUUCCAAACUGUUCUCAAUGGGCCAGUUUCAACUAAGGAAUCCUUUUGGGUUUCCGUUUCUGGCUGUUGUUUCUUGUACCAUGAAUUUCCACUCUGUUUAAUGAAGUCAUUUUUUUCUUUCACUAUUCUGUUGCCCAUGUGAGCAAAAAUCUUACUCCUCGUGUCUUAUAGAUUCCCAAGCUUAAGUUAACUCCUAUCAUUCACUAACACAUAAACUAAAUGUACACUCCUUUUUGCAUGUAUAACUGUUGUCUCCCUUUUGUAACUGUAUUGUGAAAUAUUGUUUAUGCUAUAGCAUAACUCCAUGAUGGUCUGUUGUAUCAUUAAAUUAAUCAACUCACUUCCUCAAAUCAUUUUUCUUGUUCUGCAGCCUUCUAUUAAUACAACCAACAUUGACACCCUGUUAGUAGCCACAGAUCAAACAGAGAGAAUUGUUGAACCCCCUGAAAACGUGCAGGAAAAGAUUGCUUUUAUCUUCAACAACCUGUCGCAAUCCAACAUGACUCAGAAGGCAAGUGUCGCACAACAUUUUAGUCCUGAUAAUUUAUGUUCCUUGAGUGAUUCUUGUACAUGUAGAGAACUAACUAGAAUUAUGCCUAUGUAUGCAUGCCAAAGGUUCUUUUAUUUAGCAGCCUUCCAAAAUUUUAGAAUUGUAAACAUAAAAUAAAUAUAAUGCAUUAACAUAUAAUAAGUAAAAUCUAAAACUAUUUUGGGAUAGUCUUUUGUGCCUUUGGUAGUCCUUUAGCUGCUCAUAUAUUGGGAAAAUGUGAUCAGAUUUGUCUACCAAAAGGUCAAAAACUUUAAACCUUAUCUGCUGCCAGAUUUCUGCAUGGACAUUUUAUCAUCUGCAACUGAUACUACUUAACGGGAAAGAGGCAUUGUACACACAUUUAUUCUAUCAGGUCUCUGUAUUGCAUAAUUGGCUCUCCAUACUCCUAACUGAACAUAAAAAGUGAUGUUGGGUGCCAGACUCUGCUUACCUUAAUCAUUUUUUACUUGAUGUAAGUUUCUUUUCAUUUAUGGCUUCCAACCGUGGAAGAAGCCUAGCAAAAUAACGCUUUGGCACUCCUUACAAUAUUUUAAUAUAUGCUGUAAGCCGCCCAGAGUAGCUGGGGAAACCCAACCAGAUGGGUGGGAUAUAAAUAAUAAAAUCAUUAUUAUUUAUCAAGAGAAGUAUUAUGCAAAUUAUUUUAUUUGCAUGAUUUCUAGAGAUCUCUGAAUUCUGAUUUUCUUGGCUUAUGAUAUUUCUAGCUCAGAGUCCACAUAGCAUUGUUCAUGAUGAGUUAGCAGGAGAGGAAGAAAUAAAUGGCUUUACAGUAGGAAAUAAAUGGUUAAUUGAAGUAAGCGAAUCAAUUAGUGAUGUGGUGCUAGUUAGUUUCCAAGUCUUGGUAACUGAACGUUUUCACUGGAACGAAUGCCUGUAAGUAUCACAAACAUUAUGUUUCAUUGAUCCAUUUCCCUUUAACGUGUUUAUGGAGCCAGGUUGAGGAACUGAAAGAAACGGUGAAAGAGGAGUUCAUGCCUUGGGUUUCACAGUACCUUGUGAUGAAGAGAGUUAGUAUUGAGCCAAACUUCCACAGCCUUUAUUCAAAUUUCCUUGACACACUUAAGAAUCCAGAAUUCAACAAAAUGGUUCUCAAUGAAACCUACAGAAAUAUCAAGGUGAGUGUUCCUAGUUGCUCUUUUUUGUGACGUGAACGUUAACUGAAAAAUAUUUGCUUUCAGGGAGGCACCGCAAAGCAAAAAAACAAAAAAAAAACAACUUUCUCCCAUGUAUACCACCACCUUCAUAAGGUUAUGCUGCUGCAAUAAAACAAUGAACAGAGCUAGAUGCUGCUAUUUUGAAAAUUAAUUGAACUUGAUCAUCAAAGUAAUGUGUUGGUGGACUACCUUGAUUGCUGUUUCUGUGCUACAGAUGGGCCCUGGAGCAUUGUUUCCAGUUGUCCUUCAGGGACCCAAACAAUUAGCUCCCAAAUAAGUAGAUUGCCUUUCUAGGAGAAGUGAUCUCCUGAGCAAGAUCACAGAGAGGAAAGUACUCCACAUCAUUUUGCUGUUUUCAGUUGGUUAAAUUGAUUUUUCUGCUUUUAGAAUUCAUGUUUUGUUUUAUUCUGUUUUUACCUUGUGUACUGCUUUGAUGACUUUAUGCCUUGAAGCAGUCUAUAAACUAAUUUAAUAAUAACAUAUACAUGCUAUAUUAUAAGCAUUUUAUCACAUAUGUUUUAAUAUAUUUCUGAGAUUGUUUAUUUACUUCUUUCCUUCUCUUUUCCUGCUUUAUAGCUAUAGGCUGUAUUUGGUUGACCAUUUAAAAUUUGUUGUUUGAAAUAACAUUAGUCUAAUUCUAUAAGAAGAUGGUUAAUGCACUUUCAUGGAUUUACCAUGGUUUCCUGUUAACUAUGAUUUCAUCUCUCUGGAAUAAAAAUCCUUCAGGUGCUACUCACAUCAGAUAAAGCUGCUGCCAACUUUUCAGACCGGUCCUUGCUGAAGAACCUGGGUCACUGGCUGGGGAUGAUCACACUGGCUAAAAACAAACCCAUCUUGCACACGGUGAGACUGGGUGGAGGAGAAAAACAUAAACUGGCUUUAAGGCUAGAAACUUUAGUGCAUGCUUAUAUCAGCUCAAUUUUUGGUGCCUUUUUAUAAUUAGGGGGGAAAGCUAUGUAGAAAAUUUACGAAAGAAAGGAAUCUGAUUUGUGGGUGUGACACUGCCCACUGCUGGGUUUAAUUUAUACUCCUUUUAUUUUAGGACUUGGAUGUGAAAUCCUUACUGCUGGAGGCUUAUGUUAAGGGACAGCAAGAACUUCUGUAUGUCGUGCCAUUUGUUGCCAAAGUUUUGGAAUCCAGUGUGAGAAGUGUGGUAAGUAUGAUGUACAGUGUCCUAUGACAAACAAGUAGAUGGGAUUAGUCCAAGACCCUUGGCAGCCUAAGCCAAAGCACAGGACAGUGCUCCUCCCUUUGAACAGAGAGAAUACAACUGGACUUUCAGAUGAAUCUUAGUUUAGUACUGGGGACAGGGGUUUUUGUUUUUGCUACUUCUUGACUGGCAGGCAUGGGCAGGGAAGUAGGUGGACAGAGGUGAUGACACUUCCAGACUCUUGCAUAUAUUUUGUGUCAUGUGUGUUAGUUCAAAGCAGAGGUGGGACCCUGUGGUUAGUGUUGAUGAUAGCUGGCAGCCAUCGGCAUCUGGGGGGCACUGGGUUCUCCUCCUUGGCUUAAAGUUUACAGCCUCUUGUUUCCAUUGUUUUGCUAACACCAUUUAAAUGAUGUUCUAGCCCCCUUUUUGAAACAGGACUGUUAACUUUAUCAUUCCACUCUUUUUGUAGGUUUUCCGGCCUCCAAAUCCUUGGACCAUGGCUAUUAUGAAUGUACUAGCAGAGCUGCACCAGGAACAUGACUUAAAAGUAAGUUUCAGUUUGCUGCUUUGAGCUCCUCAGCAUUGCUUUGUUUUUGAACAACUUGUUACAAUGCAUCUGUUUGAAGAUUUGAGCUUAGCUAGUGAGCUGUAGCCAGUUUAAUGAGAAUAGACUUUUUCCAGAAAAUUACACAUGUUCCAAUGGUUUUCACCUCAUUCAAAAUAUUUGCCUUGAAGCAUGUAGCUCUUCAGAACUUCUUAAGAUUUAUAUAGCAGGUAUACAUAACUAAUAAUUACAUUAUUAAACCUGAAAUCAUUAAAUAUUGUACAGCUGAAUCUGAAGUUUGAAAUUGAAGUGCUCUGCAAGAACCUUGCCCUUGACAUCAGUGAACUGAAACCUGGGAACCUCCUAAAAGACAAAGAUCGAUUGAAAAGUUUGGAUGAACAGCUGUCUGCUCCAAAGAAAGAUGUAAAACAACCAGAAGAGCUUCCACCAAUUACGACCACUAGUAAGUGUCAAGGAUGAUUCAUACAGUCAUCCUUGUAUCAUACAAAUAUAGCCUGCACCUCACAGGGCAGUUAGUAAGGAAUCUUCUUUCUAUUAUCUGUUCUCUCUUACUCUUAAUAUUAUUACCACUACAACUGUUUUAGCAAACCUGGAGACAGGGAAUUCAGUUUAGGCCUGGGUAGAGUAACCUUUCACAAGAUACCCUCCCACGUCCUGGUAAUAGGAAUACUACAGUAAAUUCUAGUACUCAUUCUACCUGAGCAGUUCACCUAAUUCCAGAUUGCUUUUCAAGUGACAUCUCUGAUAUCAAAAAUAGCGUUGUCGGACUUAUCAGCAUGACUUUAUACCUGAGCAAACACUGUCAUAUUGGUUGCCAAAAUUCUUUUGUUUCCUAUAAAACAAGUUUGUAGUAUUGAAUCUAUGUUAGGACAUACUCUGAAAACUUUUCUCUUUUUUGCUCUUGUAUUUUCUCAGCUGCUUCUACAACACCAGCUACCAGCACCACUUGCACAGCUACUGUUCCCCCACAACCACAGUACAGUUACCAUGACAUCAAUGUUUACUCCCUGGGAGGGCUAGCUCCACAUAUUACGCUCAAUCCAACGGUAAGUUCUUAGACCUGGUCACUUUCCACCUUUAGGUUGGAAGGGAUAAUUUUAUGCUUUCUUUCAAUGGUGUAUAAAAAGUUGACAUUGACUCUUGGUUGCUUUGCCUUCUCAGAUUCCAUUGUUCCAGGCCCAUCCACAGUUGAAGCAGUGUGUGCGCCAAGCCAUAGAGCGUGCAGUCCAAGAACUUGUACAUCCUGUGGUGGAUCGGUCCAUUAAAAUUGCCAUGACUACGUGUGAGCAGAUAGUGAGGAAGGAUUUUGCACUAGAUUCAGAAGAGUCACGCAUGCGUGUAGCGGCACAUCACAUGAUGAGGAAUUUGACUGCUGGUAUGGCUAUGAUCACCUGUAGGGAGCCUUUGUUGAUGAGCAUAGCUACCAACCUGAAGAACAGCUUUGCCACUGCAUUGCGGGUAUGUUUGCAGUUUAUAAGAAACUUUUUUUUGAAGCAGAAUAAGUUAAACCCAUGUUUUGUGGCAUUGCAUUCUAACAAGAUUUGUCAGUACUCUGUUUCUCUGCAGGUAGGAGUUAGUUUCAUGAUGUAUCUUAAUGCCCUGCUCAGAUUCAAUAGUAUAGAAAGGUGAUGAGAAUGCCGACCAAACUAGAUUUGAAGUGAGAUGUGUCUGCAUUUAACCUACAUGUUUUUAAAAAUGCAAAUAGGAUUAAAAGAGAAUUUUUUUGUCAGCUGGGAAGGAAAGGAUUCACGCACGCACCUUCUGCCUUCUGCAGUCCUGAUAAUUAUUGCCUCCCCUCAGCAUCUGUUGUUUGCAUCCUGAGCUAUGAAUUGUGCGUUGAAGAUUUCUGAAGACCACGUCUCAUCCAUUACCAUUUCCCAUUGAUUGAAAUUAAUAACCCAUUGUUAAAUCCAGUCUCAAGUUGUCUUCUUUGUUGUUCUUUACCUUUGCUUUUUCAGUGACGUGCUGUGGAGAACUUCUGCUGUAUUUUUCCCACGCGGGGGGGCGGGGAUCCAUUGUUCUAUAAAAUAACAGUGGAUAGGGAUAUUGUCAGUGGAUAUUGUUUUUGCAGCUGGCUUGUUAUUAAACUAACCAUCGUUAGUGUUAAACCACAAUUCCAGGUUCAGAUGAAACAGGAACCUGUGAUCAACUAAAAAAGGAAGUGAAAACUUUUGCACUUCUUUUCAGCCAUGCAAGAGGAGGGGAGGAGUGAUGGGACAAGGGCACGGCUAGCAGGCUCAUUCACAUUUUGUUAAACUGUAGUUUAGACUUGUGGCCAAUAAGUAGACUUUAGCAUUUGCUUUAGUUCAUCUGUGAAACAAUUCUGCUUGACUUCCUGAACACUUGCUAUGUGGCCCAUGGUUGAUGCAGCAACAACUUGCAAAUAAAGGCUAUGGAAGCAAGUGAAGUUUACAACAAACACACACAGCCUUGCAGCUGUAACUGCGCUAGUUCUUCAUGGAGUGAAUCUUCUUGUGUUCACUUUUCUUGGCAUUAUAACAGCAUGAGAAUGCCCGUUUUGAUAUUGAGGCUGAAUAAAACCUUGCAGCACUAAGGAAUGGUAUGAGUAAUGGCUUUACGAGAGUCUUGCCAUUAGCAGAUAAGAAUUCUGUUGAUUUGUCAGACAGCAUUAAUCAAGAUAAUUUUUCCUGAUUUGUAGAAGAAACGAGAAGAAAUAAGAGCAGCCAGUUACUGAAGGAUCUUUUACUAAAGAUCUUUUGCUGUGGUUUAGUAAAGCCAUUAGUUCCAGUACAUUGGUUUUUGCAUUUGUGUAUACUAAUGAGGGAAAAUAUCCCAUUACUGCAUUUAGAGGGCACCUAUUGAUAAGUGAGUUCAGUCCUAUGCCUGGAACUUAUUUCAGAAAAAAGCACAUAAAUAGAAUUGCACUAGAAGUAUGUAAUGUGGGGCACAUGCUAAUUAUUUGGCAGAUUUUCCCCCUUUUGUUUAUAUGUAGAUUUUGAAUGAAGCAUGUAAUUUGCUUGAUAGUUUACUUUAUGCUAACUCCAUGCAAAGCGAUGCCAUAUUUAUGAACAUCUGUAACUGACAUUAUGAGUAUUUGCCCAUUGUGGGCAUAGUCCUUUUUUAAUGGCUUGCUUUUUAAAAUAGGCAGCCUCACCACAGCAGAGGGAGAUGAUGGAGCAGGCAGCAGCACAGUUAGCCCAAGAUAACUGUGAGUUGGCAUGCUGCUUCAUUCAGAAGACAGCUGUAGAAAAAGCAGGCCCUGAAAUGGACAAGAGGCUGGCCACUGUAAGUAUGUUGCAGAGUUUCAGUUAAAAGUUAAAUCAUGUGAUUACCAAGUCAUUCAUCUUUUCUUCUUCUUUUUUUCCAGGAAUUUGAGCUCAGAAAACAUGCCAGGCAAGAGGGUCGUAGGUACUGUGAUCCUGUAGUAUUGACUUAUCAGGCUGAACGGAUGCCAGAACAGAUCAGGUUGAAGGUGCGAAAUUAAGAGAAUUAAAGUUAUGAUCAAUGCCACAAUAUCAGUUGGGAGGCCUUGUUGGAGUCUUCUACUUAUCCAAAUUUUCCUACUUUCUUUUAAGGUUGGUGGAGUGGACCCAAAGCAGCUAGCUGUUUAUGAAGAAUUUGCACGCAAUGUUCCUGGUUUCUUACCAACCAAUGACUCAACCCAACCCACAGGAAUCCUAGCUCAGCCUAUGAAGGUAGAAAUCCAGUUCAGAUGGUUGAAUUGAUUCUGAGGUUAAAGUAAACUACACUGUGACCAUUUAUUUUACAAGUUAUUGGAGGCUUCCAGAAAAUAGUGAGGUUGCUUAUUGUUUGGGCUUCUCUUCAAAGCUAUACAGUCUAAUAGUAUUAUUUGAAAGUCAGAAUGAAAUCCCACACAAAGAAAUUUAGAUUAUGAACUCUGUGGGAGCUAAUUACGUAAACCAGUUGACUGAUCCCCCCCCUUUUAAUCCAUGACGAUUUAUCAAACACUUAAUACUUUGUUUCAUUAUAAACUGUUCACAAUAAAAUCUGCAGAUGAUUUGCUGUUUUAGCUAAAUGUUAAGUGUAAAAAGUACCAGCCAAUAUCGCUGGUGAAAGCAGUAAUGGAAUGAAAAAGUUAUUAAGAAAUCUGUCAUGAUAAAUGGUCAGAAUUCUCAUUCAUUUAACUAAUAAAGUAUUCUUGAUUUCUUUUAAAUCAGCAAGCCUGGGCAACAGAUGAUGUAGCACAGAUCUAUGAUAAAUGUAUGGCAGAACUGGAGCAGCACCUUCAGUCCAUUCCUCACACCCUGUCUAUGAAUCCACAGACUCAAGCCUUACGAAGCCUCUUGGAGGCUGUUGUUGUGGCUCGUAAUUCUCGUGAUGCUAUUGCAGCCCUUGGACUGCUACAGAAGGUUUGUGUAUGAACUUGCUUCAUUAUAUAUCUGUGACUCCUGGGCCAUGGAGAGAGGCUCACUUUAUCCAAGGCUUUCUACCCUAGAAACAUGCACACAGUUACAACAUUAAACUACUUGAACUCAGCACAGGAUCAGAACAGUCAGGAUUGAAUACAGAUUAUUCUGGGAAAAUACGUACUGUUUAAGAAAAGCUGCCUUCGAAGUGGUGAGGAAGGAUCCUUCUUUAGUGGAUAUAGUGGUUCCUCCUGCCAUCUGCUGUUUUUUGCUGUGUUUUCUGGGCUGUUGUGUAGGAGGCUUUAAAACGGUUGCUUGGGAAUGUCUGUCAUUAGAAGCCCUUUUACAGCCCAAUUGCCGCAUUCCCUUGUGGGCUACUCUUCCAGAGCUUCAGUGCUGGUGGUGAGCAUUGUUGGAGGCAAAAGCACAAGGAGCAACUGCGAUGAUGAUGAUGAUAAUGGGCUGCAUGCAUACUAUGCAAAAGCCACAAUGCAUUGUCUCUCGAGAGCAAAACAGUGCGAUUCCUCUCCAAAUGACUCAGUAAGAUGUUGCUUUUAAGUGUUUGCUACUCUUCCUACAGGCAGUUGAAGGUUUGUUAGAUGCCACCAGUGGUGCAGAUGCUGACCUCCUCCUCCGCUACCGGGAAUGUCACUUGCUUGUUUUAAAAGCACUGCAGGAUGGCCGUGCUUAUGGGUCUCCGUGGUGCAACAAGCAGAUUACAAGGUCAGUGAUGAAAGAAUAAAGCUUUGAAGGCUGUAGAAGCUCUAUUUAAAUACAAUUAUUUAAAUAUAUUCUGAUUUUGGCCAACAUAAGGAUUUCACCUAGUAAGUUACUUCCCUGUAUCCCACUAAGUUACAUAAUGAGUUGCAUGAUAAGUGCCAUAUGGAUUCAGUAGUCAAGGGUUUGGGGCUUUCUCCUGAAAUAGGAUAUUGGUGUGAGAAUUAAGCUGGGUGAUAAAAGAGGCAAACUAAAUACCAUUCAUGCAACUUAAACAAAACUGACCCCUGGUCUGGAUUGAGAGUCUGGUGUGGCGGCGGGGCUUAAAACAUUUGUGUCCCGUCCCCCCAUUGCAGUUUCUAUUUGAAUUGGAGAGCCUGCACCUGCUACCUUCAUUCAGAGAUCAACUUUCAUUCAUGCAGUGGAAGUUUCAUUAAACUGUGGCAGGUGCAGGGGAUAUGAGCCGUACUAGGGCCCCAAUUCAGAUCCCUACCCUAUUUGCUUAAAAAAAAAAAAAAGCCAUUCACACAACUGCUAGUUUCAUCUGGUUUGGAUCUAAAACUUGCAGUAUGAAUAUUUUUAGAUUCCUAAAAUAGUUAUUCUAUGACUUUGUGGUUUUACAUUGUUAUAAGCUUUUGUGAAUGGGGCAGCUGGACUUUAAUCUGCUCCUUCAUCUUCAGCUACAAAGUCUGUUGGCUUUCUUAACAUGAGGCAGUUACAGUCAGCUGGUGUUUCUGAAAUGAAUGUGUGGAAUAAUUGGAGAGGAAGCUACCUCUCUGUGUGUUUUGAAACUUGAGACUGAGGAGAAAACAAAGUUAACACAAGAAAACAUCUAAUUUUUCCAGGUGCCUGAUAGAAUGUCGAGAUGAAUAUAAAUACAAUGUAGAAGCAGUGGAGCUACUGAUCCGUAACCACCUAGUUAACAUGCAGCAGUAUGACCUCCACCUGGCUCAGGUGAGAUACUGCCGCCAAGUUAGUUAUUAAAUCUCUGCUUAUGCUUUAGAAGGAAAACUGUUCACAUUCUUGCCUCCUUUUUCUUGACAGUCAAUGGAGAAUGGCUUGAACUACAUGGCAGUGGCAUUUGCAAUGCAGCUGGUGAAAAUCCUCUUGGUGGAUGAAAGAAGUGUUGCUCACAUAACAGAAGCAGAUCUGUUUCACACCAUUGAAACUUUGAUGAGAAUUAAUGCUCACUCCAGAGGGAAUGCACCAGAAGGGUAAUGCUAAGAGUGUUGAGUACCAGUGAAGGAAUGUUUCCUGCUAGUGCAAGUUUGGCAGUGGUGAUGAUGAUGAUGAUGAUGAUGAAGUGAGGCUCUGCCAUUCCUGUCCACUCCUUUUACCUUGUGGGAUCACUGUGUAAUAUCUACUGUGCUUCAGAGUGCCAUCCUCCACCCAGUCCUGAAUCUCCAUUUUUAACGAACUAUGUAGAGUAUAAUCUACAAAAUACAAGCUUGCUUAAACCAUUGUUUAGUUUUCUGUUUAGUCCAGGCACAACUUUGAUUUAUUAUGGGCCAUCGCACAUUUACUUCCAAUUAAGGAUCAUACUACAUAUUUGGAAGUACCAUGUGAUAUGUCUUUUGAGACUGUUGCCACUUUAGCAACAGUAGUCAGGGAAGAUUUGAAUGCUCUUCCACAUCAGAAACUUGGUGAACAUAUAAAAAAAUUGCCACCUUGGGGAAAAGACUGGAAUCCCUUUCUCUGGUUUGCAGUUUUCCAGUGUUUAGGGAGUUGCACGUAUUGAGGAACAUUCAGACAUGGAUUCUCCCACCUACUUUCUGAAAUUGCCAUCUGGUAGAUUAGAAUAUGUAAUUCAGACCUCAAGUUUGCUGCAGGCAGGACUGACAUGCCUUUUUAGGCCUGCGGUAUUAGGCAUGGUUUUGUGAAAGUAAGCCCUAGUGUGACACCUUCAAAUCUUCAUUCUGGAAGGUAGUGAUGAAUACACUGAGGGUGUAGUAAUAAGUGACAGAUCAAAGGUUUUGAAAAGCAAUAUACCCACCAUCUCUGAAGCACUUGUAUUCCACUCUCCUAGGUGUCUUGGACUGAAGGACAGAGGCCAUUCUUUUCUGUUCUUGCCCAACUACAGCAGAUCCAUUCCCUAAUGCCAGGCACUAGACUAGGUCACCUCACUUUUUAUCUCCAAAUUUAUCUGGCAGUAAUAGGGCACAUUUCAUUCAGAUUCUUGCUGUGUUUCUUUGAAGCUUAUGUCAUGGAGCCAUUGUGGGUUAGUGGAUGGCAUGUUGGACUUAAAUCUAGGUGACUUUGGUUCAAAGGUCUGCUGAACCAAAAUGCCAACUGGGCUCCCAACUCUUGCCCCUAAACCACGUCAUAGUUUUGGUUGCAAUAAUAUAAUAACAUCUUGUAUGCUAUCUCUGUGGGACAAAGGAUGUGAUGCAAAUGUUUGAAAUACAAUGCUGUUGAUUGUGGGGUAUUUUUAAAAAAUUAUGCACAUAGCAUAAGUAAUCUAAACCCAAGCAUGUUCAUUCUGGAUCUCUCAUAGGUUGCCCCAGCUGAUGGAAGUGGUACGGUCCAACUAUGAAGCCAUGAUUGACCGUGCUCAUGGAGGGCCAAAUUUCAUGAUGCAUUCUGGUAUCUCUCAGGCCUCUGAGUAUGAUGAUCCCCCUGGCCUGAGGGAGAAGGCAGAAUAUCUCCUGAGGGAGUGGGUGAAUCUCUACCACUCUGCAGCAGCUGGGCGUGACAGCACCAAAGCAUUCUCUGCAUUUGUUGGACAGGUAGAGCUUGGGGAAAGAAAGGUGCUUUUUAUUCAACAUAAGUAGGUUAUGAUGCCCUUGGAUCAAGUAGAGUACUAUGUAAUAUCGAUUUCCCCUUUUUAAAAAUUCCACUUUGCAUGAUGGUAGUACGUGCAACAUGUCAUAUCAGUGUAGUGAAACGUGUUAGUAAAUACUUGUUUGUUUAUGCUAGCCAGUAUCAUGAUGCUGGGGGCUCUCCACUGCAUCCACUAGAAGGUUGUGUUCUUUAAAUGAAGAAAGACCUGGCUGAGAGGGACUGCAUGCCAUGGGGCAGUGAUCAGCAAGGAAAAGAUUCCCAGUGCCCCACAGACUCUUUGGGUUUCUCAGGGUGGAGGAUGUGUCCUUGCUCCAAGGAGAGAAACCUAAGAAGCUAGGGCAGAGCACGUACCUGAGCAGCAGCUGCCACCGCCAGUGGGCACUUCGUGCAGCUCUUGACAGUCCCGAGCGUCUUCCACUCAUUUAUUUUGUGCCCAAAGGAAGCAGCUGCUCUUCUGAAUUCAGAUGUAGAGGUCAUGUGGGAUAUGCUCCAAGAAGAAUCCCUGUGCCCUAAGGGUGUGGCCUUGGGUCAACCACCCUGAAGGGGAGGGUGACUGCCACCAGCCAGGUAUGGCCACUGCUUGUACACUAAUGCAGUUUCCUUAACUCAGUUUCUCCCCCCGCCCCCGGAGACUCUAUGUUACAGAUGUUAGAGAGGUGUUUGCAAAAGCUAGAAUCUCUUUACAUAUGUAGGCAUGGAAUAUGGCAAGUAGUUUGCCAGUUUUUUACUCCGCUACCACAGUCAUCCUUCAGAGGUGCCAAAACUUCUUUGCUGCCUUAUUUUAGUUGCAUUUCAAGUAGCCACUCCACUGCCUGCUUGCAUAUGUGAAUAAAGUAAAUUGCAGGUCCUCCUUCCAGAUAGAAAUGUAUUUAUUAAGACUGCAGAAACAGUGGUACUUGCCAUUAAAGUUUUGCCUUAUUGGUGUAUGGAGCACUUUGAAAACAGUGGCUAUGAAAACUAUUCAGUACUAUUGAGGACAGCAAAAUUUCACAUGUCUUUGCCCCCAGAUCCCUAGACAUCUACCCGAAAAAGUUGCAGUGUCUCUGAAAUGCAACAUAAUUUGCCUAAAUAAUACACAAGUAAAACCAAUAAAGAUGUGUAGGGAAUAAACUGAAAAUCAGGUCUGCCUUCAGUGUUACGCUGACCCCUGCAAAAUGCCAAAGUAAAUGGAUCACUGAUGAAUGGAGCCCUGUUGUUCAGUAGCAGAAUUUUCUGUUCAUAUUUGCCACUUUAGUUGCUCUGCAUUCUAGAGAUUAUUGCUUAUGAAAAGCGUUUUGAAUGCUUUCAUAAUGAGAAUUUCAUCCUGAAUAACCAUUGCUUUAAAAAUUGUGAUAUCAGAUCUUGUAAGUGACUGAAAUAUCUAUCGACAAUUUACUUAUGAAACCGACAGGAGUAGCAAUCCAUUCUCAUGGGCCUACGUUCCUAAGAGGGUAGUCUUAACCCUCCUACACCAUGUAGCUUCCCUGCUUAGAAUUUCACUUCACUACUUAUCCUGAGCACUUUCCUCCUCCCUCAUGUGGAAGGGACCAUUCACUUCUGCAUCCUAGUCUAGCAAUGUGUCCCUGGAGGAGAAGCAUGACUAGUUGGACCUCUCAACACUGCAGAAUUGAUGUGUGGUAUUCUGCAUAAAGUACAGCUUCCAUAGUUCCAGUCUACUCUGGAAUGGUAUUGCUCCUUCAUAUUCCAGUGUUUUGGAAUGUACUAUAGAAACCUUGAGAGAAGGAGAUUGUCUAUUGCACUUAAUUCCUGUUUUCAGUGUCAUCCAGAGGGUAUUCCACCUGCCAUUGUUUCCUGUGGGCCAAGCUUUGCUCUGAGGCUUCUGCCUCACUGCACAGAUGGGAAGCUGCUCCUCAUGUUUUUGCUGCAUGUGUGCUUGGGUUAUUGUGUGCACUUUGUUGGUUCUUUUAAGGCAUUUAGAGUUUAUUUUUGCUCUGCCAGUCCAGUCUAGGAAGAUCAAGAUGAUGGCCCUGUCUGUUGCUCCAGGUGGAGGUGCUAUCCCACUGGUUGGGAAUGCCCUCCAGGAGAAGCAGAACAGGAAUUCACAGUAAGAAAUGUCCCUUUCUGCAUAUAGCAUACAGCAUCAGUAAUGCCUACAUACAGAGGCAACAUGGGUGUUGUGUUUACUUCCUUGCCAGCAUAGUUUCCUUUUCCACCUGGUUCCUGGAUGUAGGUGUUACCAGUGUGGUGUAGGACCUGAUUACAUAGAAAUGAUCUUAUGCUACUAUGGUUGGUAAUGUAGGAAUUGACCCUAAGAAGCAUCACCAGCCUUUUCUGUGCCAAACUGCAGUGUUACAGUCUAGCCCACUUGCUUUCCAUCAUGUCUAGAUAGAACAUUACUAGCUUGAUUUUAGAAAAAAGAGGAGUUCUUUAGGUCUGAGUCUACCUUUUCCCCCAUUACAGAUGCAUCAGCAAGGAAUCCUGAAAACCGAUGAUUUGAUCACACGAUUCUUCCGUCUUUGCACUGAAAUGUGUGUUGAGAUCAGCUAUCGUGCUCAAGCUGAGCAGCAGCACAACCCCGCUGCCAAUCCCACCAUGAUCCGUGCCAAGUGUUACCACAACCUGGAUGCCUUUGUGCGCCUCAUUGCACUGCUGGUGAAGCACUCUGGGGAGGCCACCAACACAGUCACCAAGAUCAACUUGCUCAACAAGGUUGGGAGCACCCUUCCCUGCCCCCGUUACCCAUCUAUCUUGAGUUUAGCUGGUUGUGAGAAUGGGUAGUAUAUUUUAGAAUUGUGAUGACUGAGGCUGGUGGGAGUUGUAGUCCAUGGGGCCAGGUUGGCAAAGAUUUCCUUAUUAAAUGAAUAGGAACUGGUGCAGCAUGUUUUUUUAUGAACACAGACUAGGAGUUCCAUGUUUUAAAAUCGUGAUCCGUCUGUGGAUGGUGUUUGGCAGGCAAUUGCCUUCUCUGUAAAAGGGAUCCUUAGCUGCAUUGUAAAGAAUUUCAGUGUACUAUGCAGGAUGUACUUGGAGCACUUAGGAGAAGCAUUACACAAAUUCUGAAUAAGGGUUUGAGAUGUGCAUAUCUCUCAUUCACUUACAUGUGAAAGGGCAGAAAACAUUAUUGUAAAGUUGCAGUCAAGAUCGCCAGUUUGUUGUAUUGUCUUCAAAAAAUACUGAGUAUGUGCAUGAAUUCCAGUUGGCAUUGCAGUAAUUAUAAGCAUACAUAAAAGUUGCAUUCUGAGCACAUUGCCUUUUUUACCUCUAGGUUCUUGGGAUAGUUGUGGGAGUCCUUUUGCAGGAUCAUGAUGUUCGUCAAAGUGAAUUCCAGCAGCUUCCCUACCACCGCAUUUUCAUCAUGUUGCUGUUAGAAUUAAAUGCUCCUGAACAUGUCCUGGAAACCAUAAACUUUCAGACACUCACAGCCUUCUGGUAGGUAUCAUUUAAUUGGACACUUUGGGUCUUUUCAAACUCUAGAGUUCUAUGAUUUGCAUUGAGUCUACACCAGUUCACUUUAGUUAACACUAAUCUUGUGUAAUUUUAAAUACGUUGAUACACUUGGAGUCUAUUUUGGUUACUGGAAUAAUUGCACAUUAAGAAAACUUGUGGGCAUAUGUGGGAUUCUUUCCCUACGUGGACUGUUCUCUAGUCUAUGGAACCGAUGCUUCUCAGCCUCUUGGUGUGAGGGAAGGGUUUUUAUACUGUUCUGUCUUAAUCUCUGUGCAGUCCCACAUUGGGAUCUGCAGCUGUGGAGCUGGAUUUAGAACAUUCUAGAGCUUUAGCCAGACUCAAUCCGUGGUCAAGUUGGGACAUUGAUCCUGUGUUCCACUCAGGAGAUGGUGCUAUUCUAGUUGUACAGACUGCCAUCUGGACACCUAUGGGAAUUUAUGGCAACUAAAACGCUCCUUUACUUUAGUGGAUCUGUUUAUUAAAACUAUGAUUCCUAUAUGAUACAUUAUUGUCUUGGAUCUUAAUUAUGCAUCUUUUACUACAUUGGAUGGUUUGGGGCCACCAUCAUUCCUUGGAGAAAUAUUUGAUGCACUUUUAAAAUAAAUGGCAAACUUGUAACCCUGGGGGUGGGCAGGGAGAUUUAAAUUUCCUAGUAUAGUGCCAUAGAACAAAUCACAUCCUCCCCGAUCAUCAGCUUGAACAUUUGAUGUGCAGGAAGGAGCUGAUAACCUGCCCUUUUCAUCUGAUCUGCAUGAGUCAGCUGGAGGUUCACAAAUGCCCACUGCUGCUGGCAUUUGGCCCUGUAGGGUUGGCCAAGAGUGAAUGCUGGUUCUUGGUCCUUAAAAUGUUUAACCACCUCUGCCUGAUUUAGACUUCAAAGAUGGUCUCAGUUCAAUGCAGAUUCUUGGCAGUGCUUUAAACAAAUCUUGACACAAAGCUUGUGUUGUAUGUUUUUAUUUCAGUAACACAUUUCACAUCCUGAGACCUACAAAAGCUCCAGGUUUUGUUUAUGCUUGGCUAGAAUUGAUCUCCCAUCGGAUAUUUAUUGCAAGAAUGCUGGCACAUACACCACAGCAGAAGGUGUGGCUGCAGUUUAUCUUCUGUAACUUACGAAGCUUCCAAAGGGAAUAAGGAUGCAUCUUGGUUUGCAGGUUUUGUUUAACUAGAAUGACUUUAUGCCAUUUAAAUUUCUGAUGUCUGCUUUUAAGGUCUUUACCAUAUUCCCACAACGUAGCUGCUAAGAGCUGAUUACCUGAAGAGGUCCAGAAACCUCAGCAGGACGGAUUAAAAAUGGGAUUUUAAUCCUCAUCCCUUAAAAAACCCAGCCUGGUAAAAUUCAGUCUGAAUACAAGAAUGUUAAACCUUCACUUUUAACCCUUAAAACUGAAUCAUCCUUCAGUCAAAUACACUGGCUGCCUUUGCAUGGAACACUAGAUUCAGGAGUGUGCUUUAAAGCAAACCAUGGUUAAUUAAACAGGCCAACUUUAUAACCUGUGGCUUGAAGUUGAUUUGUUUUGAAACUUAGCAGUGUUUUAAACUUAGAUUCCUAUUUCACACAUAACUCUUAAGUUUUGUAAAAGUAAAAACUAUACCCUGCCAGCCUCCCAGCUGCAUGGGAGAAGGAAGUAGGAGAAAUAUGGUUAUAUGCUACAAUUGUUAUGAGCUUGAUAGUGUGGUUGCAGUGGUGGUGGUGAGUGAGGCUCGAUAUAUCAUGGCAUGUACUGGGAUCCAGUGCUUGUCUCUCUAGGAUGUGAUCCAGUAUUAUUGCUAAGAGGGCCUUCCUUCCACUAGUUCUACCUGUGUGAUCUUGACUAAAGUGCAUAUUUUAUGUACUUUUUAUCUGAGUUGUGGGAUUAUCUCAGUUCUCAAUUUAAGAAUACUUUUUAAUCUUCUGAAAAUAAACUGUUCUGCCUAUUAAUUACCAGCCUUUGCUUCUGAAAAUGCUUGGCCCUUUAGUUGUCUCUGAGCAGACAAAGACAAUUGUGCAAAGUUACAUGAGCUGCAAUGGACAAGUUCCUUAUUUUGUUUCUAGGCAGGGGCAAGGGAGGAGGAUUGUGCAGUGUAAGAGAAAGAGAGGUUAAAAAUAUUUUCUAUUUAAAAUGAAUAUUUAAAUCAGUUUACUCCAGCAGCCAUAGAUGUUAAACAGAAGUUUGAAAUAACUUGCAGGGAACCAUUUGCAGCCUUGUAGGUUGUAUCAAACUUCUGAGAGUCCACAGCUGCACUGCAUUGGGGCAGAUGUGACCAAGUCUUUCCAGUAAAUCUCACUCAUUCUUCCAUUUCCCUUAAGUCCAGAAUUCAACCCCUACAGUGCCCCUUAUUAUACAUAAUUGGCUGGUUUCACUAUGGAUUUCAUAUUUCAGGUAGCCCUGACAGAUUAAAGAAUAAUGUAUUAUACUGCUUUGUAAUAUGCAAGUUGUUAGUUCUACCAACAAUGUUAAGUGGGAUCCAGUUCAGACAUUAUAGUAAAUAUAUUAGCAAAUAUCAUAUAACUCUUAUCAUGUAAAUUCUCUUUCCAGGGGUGGCCUAUGUAUGCUCAGCUGUUGAUAGAUCUGUUUAAAUAUUUGGCUCCUUUCCUGAGGAAUGUGGAACUUGCCAAACCUAUGCAAAUUCUGUACAAGGUAAGUAGAAUUUAGAAUAGAGCAGAAGAGAAUUUGUUACAAUUCAGUGAUGGUCUGGAUUAUUUUCCCAGCACAAUUGUAGCUUCACAGUAAAGUUCAAAUCAUACAGCCCUUUUCCAUGGGAUUGUGGAUGAGGAAAUUGACCUGCGUGUGUAAAAAGUGUGUCACCAACAUGAAACAUUUGGAAAGCUCUGAUAAAAGUGUUGGCUGAGAUGUUUUGCAUAGAUUUAGCAUAGAUACUUAGUUCUCUUUCCCCCCGUUUUUUUGUAGGGUACUCUGCGUGUGUUGUUGGUCCUGUUACAUGACUUCCCAGAAUUCCUCUGUGACUACCACUAUGGUUUCUGCGAUGUGAUUCCUCCAAACUGUAUUCAGCUAAGGAAUCUGAUACUGAGUGCCUUCCCACGUAAUAUGAGGCUUCCAGAUCCCUUCACUCCCAACCUUAAGGUAAUGUACAAGGCCUGAUUUGUAUGGGACCUCAUCUGUUGAAGCACCUGAGAUUGUGCAAUGGUGUUAAUGCUUUUGCAUAAACAACUAUGUCAGUAAGACCCUAGUGGGUCAGCUUGACCUGCUUUGAUGAAACAGGGUAGCCAAUAUAAUGCCCUCCUGAUGUUGGACCCCAACUCCUGUUGGCCCCAACUAGAAGGCUAGUGCUUAAAGAUGACAGGAGUUGUAGUCCAUCAACAUCUGAAGGGCACCCCAUUAGCUACCCCCAGCCUUCGGGAAGCUGUUUAUAACACUGAACCACCCCAGGUGGGGAAUGUCAUUGUGAACUCCUGGUCUUGAAAAGAGCAUUCUGUCCUGGAACAUACACGGCAGUCAUUGCUUAGUAGUAAAGAUGCACUUGAACUCUGACAUCUGUUCCAGCAUAUCAGUUUGCUUAUGCUACAUCUAUACCUGAGGCCCUCCUUUGAGUGCCACCACCAUGAGAGAUCCAGAGGGUGUUAACAGGAGAAAGGGCCUUUUCUGUGGUGCCUUUCUGCUUGUGGGAUGGUCUCCCCAGGGAAGCUCGCCUGGCACCAUCAUAACAUAUAUUUAAACACCAAGCAAAACCUUUCCUCUGUAACCAGCCUUUUGGCCCUUAACUGUCAGUGGACUUUUAGAAUUGGGCAGGAUGUUUUCCAUGUCUGUCCUCCCCACUGGUUUUAAUAUAUUUAAUAUAUUGAUGUGGGGUGGUUUUUUUUUGGUUGGUUGGUUGUAAGUCGCUUUGGUUUGCAUUGGGCAAGAUAAAGCAACUGUCACAUUUAAGAUCAUGAUGGUGGUGGUGGUGGUGGUGAUGGUGGUGAUGAUGAUGAUGAUGAUGAUGAUACAAGAGUGAUACUUAGCCUUCCCUGUGGACUUCAGAUGGGUAACAGCUGAAUGGUAGAAAAUAACAUUAGGAUGCUUCUGUGUGCUCAACAGGUGGACAUGUUGAGUGAGAUUAAUAUUGCUCCACGGAUACUCACCAAUUUCACUGGAGUGAUGCCACCUCAGUUCAAGAAGGAUUUGGAUUCCUACCUCAAAACCCGUUCUCCAGUCACGUUCCUGUCCGACUUGCGCAGCAACUUGCAGGUGAGGGUCUUACUCAAAAAUCAGAUUGAGGAAGAGGUCUGGGAGUGGAGGUUAGCAUGCAGUCCUUUGUCUGCUGUGUCUUUUGCUCCAAAACAGGCUUUUAGGUCCUAUGUCUAAAGCAGGGCUCAUCAACCUUAUUUGGGGCUGUGGGCAGUUUUGGAAUUGUGAGAGUCUCAUUCUUUUACUCCUCCCCAAACAGAGAUUUUCUUUGCUUUUCUGGGGGGGGGGGUAUUUGGGUAAAAAUGAGAUCCAAUAGACUUAAAACGGAUCUUCUUGAAUUUGCACGGUUUUACAUGGAGUCCCUUAAAAACAACUAUCAGAUUGAGGCUUACAGUGGUGGACCCACAGUAAAAAUCGUAGAUCUGGUGCUUGCCAGAUGCAUAGUUUAGUCAUCAAAGAGAGGAAAGAUCCCAGUUCAGCCCUGAUCCCACUGCAGAAUGUGUCAUACAUUAAAGAGACAUAAAUUAGGAAAAGAUCAGUUUUACCUGGCCCAGAUAAUGCAUCCUGAUGGAGCUGUGGGUCUCUGUUUAGCAAUUUUUUACUAUAUUGUAAUGCAUGUAUCUUUUAAAAACUAGUACCUAGUUUGGGAUGGAUUGUGCAGCAGCAGUGAUAGAGGAGAUAAGAGAAGCCUGCCUGCUGUUAAAGCUAAUGGCUUUGGCAGAACCUUUUAGUGAGGUAUACUCUGCAGUUUAAACAUUCGUAAUCACAUAAUAUAUUUUCUUCACGGCUCUUUGUCUCGGAGGUCCAAGGCAGUGAUUUUGCCUCUUUUAUGUUCACCCCACUAGGUAUCAAAUGAGCCUGGCAAUCGCUACAAUAUCCAGCUGAUAAAUGCCCUGGUGCUGUAUGUAGGUACUCAAGCUAUUGCACAUAUUCACAACAAAGGCAGCACUCCUUCCAUGAGCACCAUCACCCACUCGGCUCACAUGGAUAUCUUCCAGAAUCUUGCUGUUGACCUGGACACAGAAGGUAAAAAAGGAAGCUUGAUAGUACUUCAAAUCAGCUAGCCUAAUGUUAAAUCAAAUGCAAGAGGUUUAUCUCUAGGUCUUUGGCGAUGGGGAAAAAAGAGCCUGGGAAAUCAACCUGGUGAGGUCAGACAUAAAUACUGUAUAAUUGAUAAUGUGCUAGCCUUACAAUUGAUACUGGGCUUCAGAGGCUAGCUGAUAAUUGCAGGUAUUGGUGUUCUAUGACAGAAUCAAUCCUGUAUCUCACCAUUUAGCCCACAUGGAUAAUACUUUGCUUUAAUUUGGCCAGAUUGUACCCUAAAAUAUUGUUAGAUUUUAGAAAUUAUGUUUAAAAUAUUCCACAACUAAUAUUUGGAAAGGGUUUAUUUAGUUCCAUCUAAGUGGUGGGGAACUUCUAGCCCAAGGGCCAAAUGUGGUCCUCCAGACCUCAUCACUCCCCACCCCCCAGCCUAGGCCAUGACCCACUCUCCUUGGUUGAGUUUGCCAGCUUGGAAUGUGUCCUUGAACUGUGAUGAUGCCUCUCGCUUGGCUGUAUGGAGAACAGAGUUAAUUGUAUGUAUCUGUAGAAACCGGUUACUUUUACAUAGCUGGAAUGCAGCUUAAUGUCAAAUCAGUUGCUUUUGCUUUUGAUCCCACCCCUGGCAUGUGGCCUCCAGGCUGCAAAAUGUUGCCCCUGCCCCUUGUGUAAGCCAACAGGUUUAUGAAAAUGAAUUACAAACUAGGAAACUUUGAGAAAUGAGCCUGGGAAAUUCAUGUCAACUGGUGGCAGCACCCAUUUAAUUAACCUUCCCGGCUUUCGGACAUAACUCUUGGAACUAACAAAUUAGCCAGGCAAGGACUGUUGGAUUUCCUUUGUGUUUAAGAGAAUCGAACUAUUUACCUUUUUUGUGUUCCAGGUCGGUACCUCUUCCUAAAUGCAAUUGCCAAUCAGUUACGGUACCCAAACAGUCAUACUCACUAUUUCAGCUGCACCAUGCUUUACCUAUUUGCAGAGGCCAACACUGAAGCUAUUCAAGAACAAAUCACCAGGUAAGAGAUCUAAGGAGUCUAAAACAAUCCCUACAUUGCCUAGUUCUCACAAAAGAGCCAAUGAGGAACUGGGGAGAAGCUUCAGGAGCUAACACUUAGUUGGUCCACUGCUAUCUGAAGCUGUCCUGCCCAGCAACCAGGAAGAAAGUGUCUUGUCCCCGUUGCAGCAGUAGCAAGUCACUGCUGGCAAUGUAACAAACACUCUAAGCUUUGCCCCUCUUAUCCACAUGUAGAGUAGGACUUCCAGUGUUGAUUAGAGGGUUCACAUGGUUUGAAAGGCAGCUGUUGAGGUGGUUGCAGAUUCCAUACAAGGAUCCUUUUCUGGAUGGAGGAGCAUUCAUCCCCACAAAUCUGCAGCCUAGAAUCAGGUUUCCCACUCUCACAUUAUAUUGAGAAGCAAAGUCUUCCACAUUCUGAAAGCAUCAUAGUGCUAAUUAAUGUUGCCAGACACAAUCCCAUGAGGGUACCUAUUCUCAGCGGGACCUUGAUAUUCCUGCAUCAUGUCUUUCAUACUGGCACGCGGUGUGACUUUCCCCAUGCCUUAAUCUGUUUCUCUUUUACAGAGUUCUGCUAGAACGACUGAUUGUAAAUAGGCCUCACCCAUGGGGUCUCCUUAUUACCUUCAUCGAGCUGAUUAAAAACCCAGCAUUUAAGUUCUGGAAUCACGAGUUUGUCCAUUGUGCUCCAGAAAUUGAAAAGUGAGUAAUUUUAAACAGUUAGAUGUUCAGUGUAUUUGGGGGACUCAGUCCUAGGAACUCUGGUACUUGCAGAGGAGAGGAAGUUGUGUCUUGAAAUAAAGUUUAUUCUCCUUGUUGUAGGUUGUUCCAGUCUGUUGCGCAAUGUUGUAUGGGGCAAAAACAGGCACAACAAGUAAUGGAAGGAACUGGAGCUAGUUAG